AUGUUGGAACACUCGUCGGAGCUAGCCCUGGUGCAGAGCUUAUACGUCAACAGCAUGCGUUGUCCCCCCUCUGCCUCCUCCGCCGGUGUCCCCGUCAGGAAUGAGGACCUAGGAUCUCUGAGGUACGUUGUCCUUGGAUGUUGGGUUGGCCCCUCGUUCAUUCAGAAUGAAUCAGAUCUAGCCUGGCUGGCUUUUGUUGUGGUUGGGGUUGGGGCUUUAGCCAGUGUUUUUAAUGCGUAUUUGUCCCUGUGGUGGUGAAUAAUGGAUAUUGUUAUAGGAGCAAUUCAUUGUUUUCAGUUGAACUAUUCAUUCUCAUGCCAUGGUGUGUUAGGGUAGAUUUGUGAUGUGUAUGUUUUUCACUGAAAAGAAAAGAGACACAAUCUAUCUUGUGAUCUGGGGGAAAAUCUCCCCCCUGCUCAAAAUCCACCCCCUUCAGUCAUCUUUACAAAAUCGCCUAUUGAUCCUAUUGAUUGAAGUUAUCAUCAAAUCAAUCGUGAAUAAAUACAUGUGUCUUCUUAUAUUAUUUGACUCAAAACCAAUGUAUUGUGAAUACACAAUACUAAUGUAUUGGUCCACAGGGAUUGGGAUAGUUCCGUCACCCUGAAAUGAAAAGAAAUUGAAGAAAGAAAAUGGGCAGAUGAGAAAUCACAAUUUAAAGAUGAUGAAAUGAGGCUCUGUCAGUCUGUCAGUCAGUGAUGCACGGACAGGGAUCUACCACUGUAUGAAAGAGAGGCCACUGAACAGGACAGUGGUGCGAACAAGUCCAUCCAUCCAGGCCUUGCCCUAACGCCUUCAGACAAAACCAACAUGAGCUGUAAGUCUACUGCAGGGCACAGAAACAUUUACAUUAUCCAAUAAGACAUUUGCAUAAACCAGUAUUACCAGCACCAAAAACGUAACUCAAAACCAAUCUAAAAAGGUUAGUGUUAACCAACAUAACAGCCAGCCGAGCUAUAAAAAUCGGCAUUUAUUUUCAGAUUAGAUUAGAACAUUGAGUCAUACUCAGAUCUUCUCCCACUCCUUCUCCAUUUUGAGAGUGCCAGCUUCAGUUGGUCGCCAUUCUGCAAAUGCUUUCAGAGCUGAGAGAAAGUAUGUCAGCCAGGCAGAUGGGCAGGCAGCAAGUUCAUGGCGACAUAUAGAAACAGAGGUGAUGUAACCCAUUUGGGUUGCUCUGUACAUUUGGCCUAUUUUUACUUGACCCGCUCCACCAUUGGUUAAGAAGGGGUGCAAAUCAAAUGCUGGAUGAAUUGAUUUGUAGGGGCUAGGGAUUGUCUGGAUAGUCCCACAUUGCAAAGGAAUACCACAGAAUAGAAAGAUGUAAACAAUGUUUAAAAAAUUAUUAGUCACAAUUAUAGCCUAGUCAAAAGCUUUGAUGUUGUGUGAGAUAGUAAUAUUAGAUUAGAGUCCAAAUGCAUAACAUUCCAACAUAAUAUCUGAACCAAGAGAUGCUUUGAUAGAUGCUUUUUAUAGCAGCCCCAGCCCCUAAAUCCUAAUGGGCAUUCAUAAGACUGUGUAUGUGCCUGUCUGAAUGUAGCCUAUUUGGUAAAAUAGGUCACAGUCAUAUUGUAUGUGUGUAGGCUAUGCAUAGCGCAUAACUCUUUGAAACUCUAACAUCAACACAAUCUGCACUGUAGUCUGCCUUGAAAAUUGCAAUGGAUACAAGGAUUAACCGGGAUUUCACAAAUAGGAUAUUUCUUAUCAGUGAGUCUGCAGAAUGAACCUGCAAGUAGGAAUUUUGUUGGACGAUGUAUACCAUGCGUAUCCCGUAUGACUAAUAAAACUUUAAACUUGGUGAGACACUCCCAAUAAUAUUUUUGGGGGUUGUGAAUGUGCAGCUGCUGCGAGUGAACAAUCCCAGUCCAAUUAAUUAGGCCGCCAGCCCCUCUCUGCUCCGGGUUGUAUUUAUUAGGGCACAACGUUGCAAAACGUUUUGCAAUGGAAAGAGGAAACACGCAUUUCUUAUUGGACAAUUCAGCUAGUCCCUCCCUCUCGGUUUCAGUCCGUUUUCUUCCAUUUGGUGCCUGCUCUGCUCUGCUGUGGUACAAACAGUAAUUGACAACCGUGAUCUCAGUCCCCCCUCGAUGGGGGUUUGUAUAGGGAAACCUCACCCAGCAAGUCGAGUUCAACAAAGAAAGACAGGCUCCCCACCCCCCAAGAAAACAACAGCAAUACCACAAAGGGGGAACAUGACCUGUGACACUUAUCGAAGCAAUGGUAAUGUCCCAAAUGGCAAGCUGGGCUCUGGCCAAAAGAAGUGCACUACAUAAGGAAUAGGGUGCCAUUUGGGACACAUGCAAAGACUCAGGAUGACUGGAAAAAAACACAAUUUUAAGGAUAUUUUCUUCUUGGCCUAUAUUCACAAAGAGUCUCAGUGUAGUAGUGCUGAUAUAGGAUCCUUUUGUCUUUUAGAUAAAAAUGAAUAUCAUUAUAUGGACAGGGGCUACCUGAUCCUAGAUCAGCACUCCUACUCUGAUGAGCUUUUUGAAUACUGGCCCAGAAUCUAAUAGGGGGGGACUCGGAGUCGAGUGGCUCAACCUAAAAUGUGGAGCAUUUCAUUUGAAUUAUUGGAGAGGAGUAUUAUAGAAAGGGGAUUUCCUAUUACUACUUGAUUGGUUCAAUAAUAGCCAAGUGCUUGAGCUAAGGACUCAUGGAAUGGGGUUGCCAUAGCCUAUAAUUUUCCUUUCUCUGAUAAUCUCUUACCUCUCACAAAAUGUCCAUCUCUUUUCCCUUUUUUUGUUACAUAUAAAUAUCCAUCUCUUUCUGUUAUUGUCUGUCUUGGUUCUGUAGUAGUCUAGCCAGGAGAUGUGGGGGUCUCCAUUUCCUUCGAUCAACACCUGUCAUAUUUCCCAAGCAUAUCGUUUAGGUCAGAUUGAGCCAUUUGUGUAAACUGCAGCCAGCUUCAAAUAGACUGACAAUAAAUAGUCAAAUAAGGUAUGGAUUCUAUGGAAGUGCCAAACAAGAUAACUGGAAGCCUGGCCUAGUCAAACAUUUUUGAUAUACUUGACAGGGAAUGGAAGUAGCCACGCCCCUCUCUCGCUCCAUGCAGUUGACAGUUGCUCGCCUGUAGUCUAUUUUUCAACUGGGGAUUGGAGGAGAAAUUAGUUGGGGGAUGCAGAAGACGAAUGUCAACCGCUUCUGAUGACUAGUAUUCGCAUUCUGCUGCUUUGAGUAGAAGGGCCCCCUCCCUGCACCUGUCCCGCUUCGUGGUCGCGCAGGAGUUUAAUCUCGAGGCAUUAACGUAGACAUCACUUUCAUUGUUGAAAGACUACGGCGUGGUGAAUUGUACUGUAGCUCCUGAACAUGACUUCGGCAUACAGUGGUCAGGAUUUUCUUCCGGAUAGGACGGUAGAAAGCCGGUUGAUGCUAAUCUCGGAAGAUACAAUGUAAGUAGCAAUUGCCUUGUUUUUAGACGCUAAUCAUAACCGACAUGUAUUUGUCAAUUUUUGAAAGAAUUGCAAAUAAAUUAUAACGAGCCACAAAUAUCGACAUGUUUGAAUAGGAAGCUAAAGGGGUAACGUUAGCUUGCUAACGUUAUACAGUAGCUAACUGAAAAAAUUGUUUACUUCUUGGUUAAGGAAAUGCUAGUCAAGUGACAUUUGCUUCCGGAGUUGACGUUCCAGACAGGAUCGGACUUCUCGUCAUUCUAAAGUUUAUACAAGCCAGGAUUGCUUGUGUGUUUCGGUGUAUGUUUACUGUGCGAGCGGGAGAAACGUGCACACGCGGCAGCCGCCCUUUUGAUUUUUUUCAUGCGGCUUGCUUGAGCAGAACGAAAGGAAUAGAACAGCAACGGAGUCUUCGGUUCGGGUAACGGCGGGUAGGUCAUGAUAGAACAUUACUUACAAUGCUACUACCCACUGCAACGCUUUUUAUGGCAAGCAUUGCACAACAGUAGCUAUAUAAUGUAACAGUUAGCGUUAUUUUUCACGAGAUAUUUCAUGCAUUUGUACUCGGCGUGUUUCACGAAGAGGCAGUUUGAUACGUAUUUGUAGCGAGCAGCGACCGUAGCUAGUUCCCCGUUAACACAUCGAUUUCCCGUAAUGGAGAUUCGUGUAGGGUGGUUUGCAGAACACACGUGGUACAUUAUUGAGCAAUUUUAAUGAAAAUCGUGUGACAGCCGCAUAGAUUGUUAGCAAAGGAAGCCAGUAAACACAGACGUGUUGUUUUCAGAAAUGCCCCAGGCUAAUUCGGCUUAACAUGAGUGGAUUUCAACUCACACCCAUAGAUAGGGUAUGAAGCUCUACGGUGCUAGUCACAGUUCACUCUGAAAUCCCCCCAGCUAUAUCUAGAAAUGGGCUUGGCUCUGCAGCUAAGUUCCUGAAACAUACGGGACUUACAUGGCUACAAACGUAAACAUUUUACAACAAAUCCCUUGCCCUGAUAUUGAUUAUUAAAUGGGCUGAUCAAUGUAUUUGCGUUAAAACACGGUGACUGACAAAUAGCCUACGCUUUCCUACUAGAUAAGAACACACGGGAAGCAUUCUCAUCAGUUUCCUCUUUCCAUGCAAGACGGAAUUUUUUAUUUUUUAGCUGUAACAAAUACGUUUGUCAUAAUGCUCAUGGGAAAUCUUUCGAACCCCUGACCUGUCCAACUCGCAACAGUUAUUUAAUUAUGGACUUAUGCAUGUUUGUCAGAGAGGAAGAGGCGAAGCGAGAGGUUUUACUCCGCGUAGUAGAAUAUCCUAGCGGAAUCAAAUCUUGAAAAUCAGAAAUGGGAGUUGACUCCGGGGGAAUCGAGGAAUAAAUUAUUGGAGUCGAGAAAAAUAUUAUUUUGGAGUCGACUCUCCACCACUACGUCAUCGUCUUAAACAGUUGGAAAAAUGGCAGAGAAGGGCAAGCGACAGCAGCGAAGUCCUGUAUGGCAAUACGGUGAGAAGUUAAAUGAGAAGGAAAUGCAAACUUUGCGAGUUGGAAUUGAGGUACAGUAAUAGUACAUGUGCAAUGCUGAACCAUCUGAAAGAUAUGCAUCGUGAGACCCAAACCUCUGCUGGCAGCUGCUUUGUGAAUUCACAUGGAACUUUAUGAAAAUUUCUCAUCGUUUUAUUGGAAAACCGAUAGAAAAUGGCAGUUUAAAUGUUAAAAAUGGUCACUUUGUCACAGCCAUACUUAAAAUGGAGAUGGCCUCAAUGUCGCUGCCCAUGCUGUCACAGACGCUCUAAUGGAACAUAUAAUAGUGGCACAUAUACAAAGAUGAGUCCUCUACCUAUCUCUAUGGCCUGUUGUUCACAAGCGUACCUGCCCUCUCAUUGGCUAGAAUGGCUCCACCAGUGGUCCCUCCUCUGGCCUGCCUUCCAUCUUUGAAGACAUGUAUUUCCAUUGUUAGAGCGGUCACAUAAAUAUCUUGUAAAUAUAAAAACAAUCUUUGUGUUAGUGUGAUCCCCAUAUCACUCACCACACAUCUCAGCGGAGGUCAACAGCUGAGGUCAGCAAGUAUGCUGUAGCAACUUCAUGCACUUGAUAUGCAUUUCCCACAUCACACACAAAUACACAUAUUGAAAAAGCCAACAGUGAAUUUACUGGUAAUAGUAUCACCUAGGCUAAUAUCAACAAGGGAUGAUUGAUUGAGUGAAAAUGUAAUCAUGGCUGUCUGGCAAUUGAAUUGUAGCUAGUCUAAAGCAAGGGUGUCAGGAUUAUUUCGACCUGGGGGCCGCAUUUGCUCUUCAACGAGGUCCGGAGGGCCGCACUGAAAAUUGGUUAUAUUUCCUUUCCGUCGAAAUUUGCAAAAAAUAGUUCUCUGUCCAUCAUUUUUUGAUUUUUUUAUACUACCUGACUGUCUAGCUUUCAUUUAGGUGAUUAUUGGCGAGAUGGACACAAUCAAGAAACUGUUUCAAUGUAGGUCCAUUAUUUUCCGCAGGCCAUAUUUGACACCCCUGGUCUAAAGGCUAGGGGUGGUCUGGGACUGGAGUGAUGAAUGCAAGGAAUCCUAUCUUUUGGCUUUGGACACGCACACACAAAGGUGAUAAUCUCUGCCUAACUAGUGUGUGUUCUGUGAUUGAUUGAGCCUCUGAUAGAGGAUAGUGAAUAUCUGGGCUUAAGUGUGAUCCUUUGGCACCCUAGUGUACUACCUUUGCCCAGGUACUACUUUUUCUCAGCACUUAUUUUACCCUAUGGGCCCUGGCCAAAGGUAAUGCACUAUAUAGGGAAUAGGGUGCCAUUUGAAACGCACACGUGGUGUUAUCUGGGCUAAGCUACGUGCGAUGAUGCUGUGAUCCUUUUGUUGUGGACACUGACAGUGGUCGGGGUGGCUGUCUGAUCUGGGCAAAGUGUGGCUUCUUGGCACUGACUCCUGGGGCUGAGAGAGGGCCAGCUGUUCGCAUAGUGUGUGUGUGAGCCAUGUAGACAGAUGUUGAAGGCUGGGAGGGGCUUGUCACCUGUUCCACAUUUUUCCACCACUUCCUGCUGCUGGUGUGGCGAUGCACCAUGGAACUAUGUUUAAUUAAAGAAGAAACUGUUCCCCUCCCUUACUUCAGACAUUGUCUAGUAUGGUAGUCUGGCAUUCACAGGGGAUACAGCACCAUGACUCAUCUUUGACCUUUAUCCUACAUGAGGGUUAUAAGAGAGCUGCCAUUUUGUCAAAACCAUGCAAAGGAUUUAAAAUGAGAAACUUGGUUCCAAACUACAUACAACGGCCUUGGCCUACAUCUUCACUCCUCUCUCCUUUCCUCCUCCUACUUACCAAGUUUGUCCAAUUGUGGUUUGAGGUCGCUACAAAAUACUAGGCUAAUGUCCAUCUUUCUUCACCCUUUCCUCCUAGUUCCCUAGUUUCCCCAAGUGUGGUUUGAGCAGAGGUCACAACAAACUACAUAGGCCUAAUGUACAUAUUCACCACUCUCCUUUUUCCUCCCCAAUUUGUGUGGUGUGGUUUGAGGCAAACUACAUGGGCAUUCAUCUUCUUCAACCCUCUUUCUCGCUCCUGUUUUUUCCCCAUCCAAAGCCGCCUCCAAGUUUUGUUUGUGUGGUUUGAGGUCGCAACAAAGUAUUCAGUAAUUGUAGUCAACUUUCACGCUCAGAUGGCUUUGUGGCGUGUUUAUUUUGCAAAGAUCAGAUACAUCCACCAGGGUGUUUCUGUAAUUGACACAGUGGGAUAGCUAGUUGUUAUUUACCCAUAUACAGCACGUCUGGUUGGCCGGUACACUACAGAACACAUGAACAGGAUAUACAGCGUAAUAUCAAUGUACAUUACUUUGGGGGCUGAAUGUUAGUUUGAACCACUACGACAGAAACUGACUUGGGAAUUUGAGUCAACUUCAGCCAACCAAGGUAAAUUCCAUUAGGUUGUACGAAACGUCCCUGUGGCAGCGGCACAUGCUAUAGGCCUUGCUAAUAAAAUGUUGCCGAUUGCAAUGGCAUGCAUAUGUUCUACCAGGGGACCAUAGACUCAUGGUACACAACACAUGGGAUGAGUUAGAAGGGUCUACUGUCCAAGUUGAGUGGAAUCAGCUUAAUGUGGAAUCAGCUUCACGAUACCACUUUUUUUUUUUACUUCGAUAUCAAGGGGGAAAAAAGGUAUUAGCCAAAGUCACUGAAUGGCAACUAAUCCAGACAGAUCUUUUGAGUUCAAUAUCAUUACAUUUGAAAUGUUAGAUUUUUUGAUAAAUCAAUUUGACUUUGGUAAAAAAAACAAUCUAACGACAUAAUGUAAUAAUUUAUUUGAAUGGUAAAUCUCUAGUCUAUUGAUAAACUGCUUAUAUGAAGAUGUAGCCUAGGCCUAUUUACAAUACAGGUGAAUGCAUAUUCAAAAGGAUUGUGUGCAUGCGUUGAGUUAUUUAGCAUUUUUUGGCUGAAUUCAUGGGGCUAUAGAUGAAAAUCAAUCUGUUCCCCUUCCCUUUGGGACUUAUUUUAUUGUACUGAUCAACAACAUUUGCAUUGAAGAACCUAUCUCUUCUUUUAUAAAAGUGCAUGCGGUCUCUUUUUAAGACCUGUGAUGUCAUUCACACACACUCAUUUCGAGGCUCGAGCAAAGAUUAUCUUGAAUGGGAGCGAACAAUAAUUAAGUUUCAACAUUUCUACAUGCCGUGUUGAAUUAUUCAAUUGUGUUAACUUCUGUGCAGCAUGAGUGGUGACGUAGCCCAGACUCCCAGUGAGUGCAGCGGUUCCUCAGGACAGGCUAGAGCUAGUAAUGAGUAAGUGCAGCAGGCACGGUGCUCUCACGCUAUAAUGGGACAUCGUCUGUGCUGAUACAGAUCCUCAAUCAGUAGUCGGCGCGAGACACAUUUGACAGAAGUACGGAAAGUAACACAUUCUAGUACCGAAACGUUUUCAUGUUCUAGUAUCGAAAAAGUACCAAAGUUUUGGUAUACUGUGCAACACUAUAUCAGCUGCCAGUCCAGGGUUACGUUCAUGAUUGGGGCAUGCAAUGGAAAACUCCCAUUUCUCCAGAUGAAAUCCUGCUACUAGUGAGAUCCGGUCGCCCGACAACCUGCCUGCUCGAUCCCAUCCCCUCCUCCCUUCUCCAGACAAUCUCUGGAAACAUUCUCACUUCCCUCAUCAACUAAUUCCUGACCACUGGCUGCGUCCCCUCUGACUCCAGAGUCACUCCCCUCCUCAAGAAACAAACACUCGACCCCUCUAACGUCAAACUACAGACCGGUAUCCCUUCUUUCUUUUCUUUCCAAAACACUUGAGUUUGCUGUCUGACCAACUCUCUUGCUAUCUCUCAGAACGAUCUUCUUGACCCUAACCAGUCAGGCUUCAAGACGGGUCACUCAACCGUGACUGCUUUCCUCUUUGCCACUGAGGCGCUCUGCACUGCCAAAGCUGACUCUCUGUCGUUUGUUCUCAUCCAUCAGAUCCUCCUCUCCAUCCUCUCAGGGCUGGGUGUCUCAGGCUCUGCACACUCUUGGAUUGCAUCCUACCUGGCAGGCCGCUCCUACCAGGUGACUUGGAGCGGUUCUGUGUCUGCACCACAUACUCUCACUACUGUUGUCCCCCAGGGCUCGGUUCUAGGCCCUCUUCUCUCGAUACACCAAGUCACUCGACUCAUCAUAUCCUCACAUGGUCCAAUUUGUAAGUCGCUCUGGAUAAGAGCGUCUGCUAAAUGACAUAAAUGUAAAUGUAAAUGAUGGUCUCUCCUAUUAUUGAUAUGCGGAUGACACUCAACUACUUUUCUCCUUCCUCCUCUUCUGACACCCAGAGGGCGACACACAUCUCUGCGUGCCUUGCAGAUAUAUCAGCUUGGAUGUCGACCCACCACCUCAAGCUCAACCUCGACAAGACAGAGCUUAUCUUCCUCUCGGGGAAGGCCUGAUCGCUCCAAGACCUCCAUCACGAUGUCCCCCUCCCAGAGAGCAAAGAACCUUGGCAUAACUCAGGACAACACCCUGUCGUUCUCUGCAAACAUCAAAGCAGUGACUCGCUCCUGCAGGUUUAUGCUCUACAACAUACGUAGAGUACGACCCUACCCCACACAAGAAGCGACGUAGGUCCUAAUCCAGGCAUUUGUCAUCUCCCGUCUGGACUACUGCAACUCGCUGUUGGCUGGGCUCCCCGCUUGUGCCAUCAAACCCCUGUAACUUAUCCAGAACGCUGCAGCCCGCCUGGUGUUCAACCUUCCCAAGUUCUCUCAUGUCACACUGCUCCUCCACACACUCCACUGGCUUCCAGUUGACGCUCGCAUCCACUACAAGACCAUGGACCUUGCUUACGGAGCAGCAAGAGCAACUGCCCCUCCCUACCUUCAGGCUAUGCUCAAACCCUACACCCCAACCUGAGUAUCCCGUUCUGCCACCUCUGGUCUCUUGGCCCUCCCACCCCUACGGGAGGGCAGCUCCCACUCAGCCCAGUCAAAGCUCUUCUCUGUCCCUUCAAAGAGUAUCUUUAAAUAAUCCCACGGCGCUCCCCCACCCCCCCAUACAUUUUUUACAAUAAUUUCUGAGCUUGCACUUGACUCUUCCCCCCUUUUACUAGCACUGACAUUGCUGAUAGCUACUUUAUUGAGGAAAAUGUACUUACUAUGACUGAGAUGUCGUUGUCCCACCUAGCUAUCUUAAGAUGAAUGCGCUAACCGUAAGUCACUCUGGAUAAGAGUGUCUGCUAAAUGACUAAAAUGUAAAACAUUUUGCAAUGGAAAGUUACAAUAAGCAUUUCUUAUUGGACAAGUCGAGGUAGUCCCAGUCCAUCCCUGUUUCAGUUUGUUUUCUUUGAUUGGUGUCUUAUGAACAGGACCCAGAUGGAACAAGUGCACACAACAGGGAGAAACGACACGCAGAACCAGUAGACAAGCAGUAACAUUCAGGUGGCCAUGUAUAUAGCAUGCAUAAGAUGUAAGUAGGAGCCUAUGCAUUGUUGUUCAUUAUUUUAUUCAAAUUGGGUGAGGGGUGGUAGGAUUAGGGUCCAAUAAUAAAACAUAAAGUAAUAUACAAAACAAAUAUACAGACAAUUACAUUGAUAGAACCCACACUCUCUCUGCAAUAUUAAAGCUGAUCCACCCUUAAAAAUAAAGACAGAAAACAAUUACAUUUAAAAAAACAUCCAGGCUAGGUCAGAGAAUGCGAGCAGCAGCUUUGGAUAGGCUGCAGGAGCCAGGAGAGCAUGUGGGUGGGCUGGGUAACCUUUCCCUCUUGGACAGAGGCCUAAGUGGAGCAGAAAGCCGCUCGCUAGUUGGUGACUGACAGUUUUAAGACGCGUUGGAGGGACGCCAUCUAAGCAGAAGACUGUAAACAAAAAUAAUUGGACUUGAGUUCUGUGACGUUGCUUAUUUUUUAUUUUAGAAGAAUGUUAUUUCUUUGUUAAGGGCCCGUCUCGAACAGGACUUUACUCUGGUUGUAACAACUACAGUAGUAGCUUAUUUUCUUUAUUUGGGGGGCUUUUCUAAGCCGUAAAUACACCAGAGUAGGAACCUUUGUUUUAUCUGGGUCUGCCUUCAGUGUAUUUUGGUUUGUGGUAGCCGGUUGUAACAGGCUUCUAGUCUUUCUAUAUCCCUGCUGCCUGCACUGUUCCUGCCAACAACCUUCUUCACCUGAUGCUAGAUUUGCAUUCUAGCUCCAGCUAGACCACAGUUGAGUUGCUUCAGCCUAAAUCAGGUUCCUAUUUGCCUAUCUUCUAGAAAAUGUGAAUAUCAUCCAUCUAGUCAUUCACCCAUUCACUAGGGUCUCCCAUCAAAACCACCACCACAACAUGCAAAAUUCUUAAGUUGCUUACUCGAAGUGGCACUGCUCUGUUAACAGAGCUCGGUGCUUAUUAUCGGAUGUAUUAGGUACUGUAUGUUAAUGAUAUGUUAAAGAAAGACCCCACUGAAUCAUUCAGAACAUGAAGAAAUUAUAUUUGUCUUGGUCAAAUGUAUUUUAUAACAUAAGGAAGUGAAAUUUCAUCACCAAAGUGUGUUUUCAUCCACUCUGGGCAGAGUGGGUGGCAUCCCUCCUCAUCCAUAACCACUGUCACCAGGGACACUCCAUAUGAUUAUGGAGCUAAUGGGGCGGGUCUUGUCAUCAGGCCCUGGCUGCCUCUUGUCAACAUGGAGCCCUAUUCACAGCGUGAUUGGACACGUCUGUCUUCAUCAGGGGAAAUGCAACAAUGAAAUUUAGGCCAUAUUGAGGCAGAAUUGGAGUUAAUGUUGGGAUGGAAACGUCUUAAUGGGGCCUUCAUCAGAGCACUGAUGUACUGAUUAUGUACCACUGUGAUGGUCCUCCAGCAGGCAGCAGCACCUUGUAUGGAAAUCAGAUGAGAUAUCACAGAGCUGUGUGUGCCCGUAGCCGGAGUGACUCGAGGUGCAGCCUGCCCUGCCGGUGUGAUCUGCUCCUAACCGCCACCUCAUAUGGAAAUUGGUCAGAUAUCACAGAACAUAGGCCAGACAGACUUGCAGACAUCACACCAGAAACAGACAUUGCUAUUUCUGUGGCGCCUGUUGUCAGGUGCCUUGCUGGAGUGAGAUUGAGAGUGAGGUGGAGCCUGCUAUGCCUGUGUGAUCUAACCGGUCUCGAACUGCCUCCGCGCCGAGGCUAGAAUACACAGCCCUGUGGCUACUGCAUCUGGUUGAGUGGUAUUUCUAUAAGGAGAUAGUCAUUAUUCAUCCACUCUGACAACCAAUACCUGGCUGGGCCCUGCCUUUGUGACUUGUGUCAGUUUGUGGAGAUGGAGACCCAUUAUACACUUGGCAGCGGUCUGAUGUUAGGGGUGGUAAAGAAGAGAUAUUCUGUGUGUUUGAGAGUGACAAGGCUACAUUGCAGUCAGACUGCGCAGAACCCCUGAUCUACAAAACAUCUUGCAUCCCAAAUCUAACUACUUUAUUAUGGAUCAAGAUAAGUGGUUUCUGUGCCUUGCCUUGCUCAAACUGAUCCCUUCCAACAUGCGGUUUUCUCUCUUGGUCAUGUUGAAGCAGCACUCAGUGACAUAAAUUACUAUGGCUUUCUUGAAGAACAAGUAUCACGAUUCAGGAUAGUCCGAGUUUUCACUUGACUGCUCAUCCUCAGAAAUGUUAAGCGCUCGUCCACGACUCCACAAUGUAAACUGCGACUUUUCAUCCCCAAAUAAAACGAGAGUGCCAGAGCCCUCCUGAGGAAAGGAGCAUGAAUUAUAACUACGUUUGGGCGGUAUCCAGAUAGUCAUACCUUCAUACCGUUCCUGUACCAUACUGGGGUACACGGUAUUGCCGGCAUUGCACACAAGGGGCGCUAUUUCUUUCCAAACAUAAAAACAUGUAUCACAAUUUCUUGUUUCAGGAGGGGAUUGAUUGUCUCUGCUGCAAACCAAAUGCAUAGCUGGCAUCCUGAGCUGGAGAGAAUUUAUUUGGCAUAUAUAAAAAAUUUUGGUAUAGAAAAUAAUAGUCUAUUUCAAAAUACACCGGUAUAUACGGGAUACCGCCCAAGCCUAAUUAUAACCCAAGGAGGGAGAGCCUUGCCUUGCUAACAUAGGUGAUCCUUCUUUACAACAACUAUGAAUUGAACCAACACAUGAAGCAACACUGGAUUAUAUCACGGUGUGGGCCUAUGAAUGUAAAAAAAAAAAAUGAUGGUAGAGAGUCUUGAAACGAUCCCAACCAAGCCAAGUAAAAAGCCAUAUAUUCCAAGUCGAUGGUGUUGUUAAUGGUUUUAACUGUCCAUUAAUUUAGGAUGCAUACAGAACACAACAAAUGUGUGACGCAUUUGAGCUUUGAGAAGGUGGCUGAUGACAAGUAGUCUAGUAUAUAAUAUUGGUGGCUCGGUGCUGCCUCGGUGACAGCCUCUAUAAUGGGAGCUACUAGGAAAAGUGCAGCUGACGUGCUUCUGCGGUCAGACCACAGCAAAUCUCCAGGCAUAUGGUCUCGGUAAAUCAUGUUAUUUUGUGGGAAGAGCAACAGCAGGUAUGCUAAUGUCAGCUCAGGCUCCAGCGGACUCCAGGACCUGUCAGCUGCUCCGGGGUGUUUUGGGGCCAGGUCAUUUGCCCUCCUGACCUAAUGGACAUUCUCUGGUCUGGGUCAUAAUUAUUGGGGCACACUGUAGCAAAACACGUUGCGACUUGAAAACAACUGUUUCUUAUUGGACAAGUUGAGGCCAGUUUCAUUUGAAAUGAUCCCCUUGCCUUCCUCCCUUCACUUGGAGUGAGCUCUCCAGUGACAGUUCAUGACAUUUAUGUGUGGGAGCCCUUUCCAAGCAAGGGGUGAAGAAGGGGAAAAGGUUGUGAGUAAUUUGGAUUGGAACUUGCAUUUGGUGUGGUGGCUGGGCAAAUGACUCCACCACUGGCACUGACUGUCCCGAUUCCCGGGACCACCCAUACGUCUAGCUUGGGUAGUGUUGAAGUGUUCAUCCAGCGUUGGGAUCAUUAUGUUUCAGCAAUUCACUCCACAUGCAUCUAGUUAUCAAGAUAAUUGUAUUAUGUGUAGGCUGUUGGUUGACCAAGAUUUUUUUUUUGUAGAGCAGUAGCAAAUAUCGAUAUUUUGUUAUGGCACUAAUCCAUUGCGGAGGCCGAGACUAGUCCAUUGCGGAGGCCGUGGGGAUGGCACAGUCCAAGAAGAAGGGGAAUGUGGCUGAACAAUGCACGUCUCUCUCCAGAAUGCGCUCUCUUCCGCCAAUUUGUGUACAUUCAUUGUUUCAUAACUUCAUUGUGUGAAUUGUUUGCGUUUGAUUGUUAGUGUCUAUAUACAUAUGUACCAUUAAUUUCUAAUCUACAAUGUUUGUUUGGUUACGGUAAUGUCUGUUAAUGCAUUCAAUAUAUCAUUAUUCUAGUCUUUUACCGUUCUCAUUUUUGGAGUGAGUGGACACAUUGUUUGCAGAGCGCACAACCUAUGCUACACUUGUGAGACUUUUAUUAUUUAACUCCAUUUACGAGAUUUGUCAAUUUAGUCAUUGUCUUUUGUUUGGCGCGCUCCUGUCAAUAUUGAGUAAGGACGUGCACCUGAUUACGCAUAGAAGUAGGCCUAUAAUGUGCCUAUUUGGGGAUCUGAUAGUAUUUCUGAUUGGCUUAAUGUACCACCACUAAUGAGCUGUGGAGCUUCUCAAAGUAAUGUUUUCUUCACCUCAAACAGCAAGCCAAGUCGGUUUUACAGCCGUUGAGAAUGACAAUAGUUCCUCAAUGUAUUUGAAAAAUCUUUUCAGCUCUCUCCCUUUCGAUAUCCACUCAACGUGAAAGGGAAAAAUGUCAUGCUCUGAUCCAGUGGAAACAUCAUAAAAUAGGCCUACCUGAUUACUUCUUAUCCCUUGCGCAAAUAGCCUACAGCUGUGGCGGGAAACUGAGGGCCCAGAAUAUUUUAUACAAUGUUGCAAGGAGCUUCAGGCAGGACCAAAGUUAAUAGUUGAUAAAAUGUUUCAAGGUCAUUGCAGACAGGCUAUGCGUAGCCAAUGUGAUUUAUAGGAUAUUUAUUUUAUCAGGAUAUUUUCUACCUGCAGGCUAUAAUGUUUUUAAUAGUUGGCAAUAUAAGUUACUUUUUAGGUUUGUAUCAUUUUCAUUUAGAUUUGGAUAGCAUUUUGAUUAACUACCUGACAAUGAUUUUGAGAUAUGAAGAUGUUAUUAUACAUGAAUUGAAACUUCCCCCAAAAAUGUUGCAUAUGAAAACCAUAACUAGCACGCAGAUGGGUAGAAACUGGUAAGAUAAAUUGGCAUUCCACAUGAGAAAGGUUGCCGACUCCCUUGUGUAGCCUAUUACAGGCUACACAAGGUAACGGCAGAAACUACGAAAGUUAGUAGGAGCAGGAGGAGAAUGUUCGGGACAGGGUAGGUUUUAGUUAUUCUGGUUAUCUUGAUCUCUGGCUUCCUCUCCAGUCAGUUGACAAGCUCAAUGCAUGUAUAGUUGAUUUUAUUAAAACACAUAGACACACCCUAUCUAUAUAUACAUAUAUAUAUAUAUAUAUAUAUAUAUGGAAAAAUACACGUUACAUUUUUUUGCCCAAUCGAUUGGUCGAAAGAACAGACUACUUUCGGUCGACCAAGAUUAGUUUUAGUCGGGGACAGCCCUAAUUAUGUGACAGGCAGCUGUGUCUGAGAUUGUAGAUGUAUGAGAAGGCAGGCAAAGCACUCAGCAAAGUGUCGUCAGAGAAAGGCUGCCUGGAUCUGGCUACUAGAUAAAUGGUGUCACACACCACAAUGCCCGUUGUGCUGGUUUAGUGAGACGUAGCAUUGGAUGGGAGGAUUACAAAGUGUCCCUCUGACUCGCCACAGGCCCAUUGUUACUGUAUAUGGGAUCUAUCUGUGAAUAGUGUUCUCUCAAGCAUCCGAACAAUAUGCAAUUGUUUCUGCUGUUGCUGCGCAUUGGGAUAGCAUAGAGAUAGAAUUCCUAGAAUGGGCACCCAUCACAGUAGGAUGACUGUAGGCUGGGGUUAAUCCAUUCUAGUGAUUGUAUUUCUAAAGGAUGAUGGUGGAAGCUGGUAGGUUACUCCCUGUUCCAUCGCCAAGCUAGACCAGCGCCUGAGGAGAGAGAUGGUGAUGGGCUACAAUCCUCUCUCUGCUAACUCCCAGCGUUUUUAGAGAGGUGUUAAGAGGGUAAAACAUUUUUUGCAACGAAAAUAGAGAGGGAGCUUUUCUUAUUGGACGAGUUCAGAUAGUACCUCCCUGCUUCACUGUGUUUAGGACUGCUAUCAUCCGGUUAGUGCUGACUGACCACGACACUGCUGUGCCGAGGCCUUGCUGCUGAGUGGAUCUUGUACAGAUAGCUGUCAGGGGGUUGGUGGUGGGGGGCAGUGAAGUUGCCCCUUGGCUUUGUGAGUGUCUUUAAAUCGUUGUUUGGAUGUAUUGGCUCCAGUAGGAAAGCUUGUGCCUCCAUUUUUCCCCUGAAAGAAGUGUUAUUUGUAAAGUGUGUUGGAUCUGGGUCUUUUUUAAGAGUUGGAUUUCCAGAGGACCAACAGUGAGGAGUCAGAAUGUCAUUUAGGUCGUCCCUUGGUGUCUCGGCCGAGCGUUUGGGCUCUAUGUGUAAGAGAUGGAUGGCUCGUGUCCAAAGGUCUGUAUACUUUAACUCUUUCUGUCCCUUUAUUUGACCUAGUCACCCUCUCCCUGUCUCUUUACAUUUACGUCAUUUAGCAGACGCUCUUAUCCAGAGCGACUUACAAAAUGGUUCAUUCACCUUAUAGCCAGUGGGAUAACCACUUUACAAUAUGUAUUUUUUAUUUUAUUUUUAUUUAUUUUUUCAUCUUUGUCUCCCUCAGUCCCUCUGCUUACUAUCCCAUAAGAACUAAUCACCAGGUCUGUGUGUGCCAGUCGCCAGCUUUCUAUCCAGGAGUUCCUCGGGUCCUAAUCUGGCUGUACACACACACACACUAGGGCUGGGCGGUAUACCGUAUUUGACUAUAUACCGGUAUUGAUUCACGGACCCUUUUGGGUUUUUACUUGACCUUCUAUAAUGGUAUUUGAAUGUUUGGUUUGUUAAAUGUGAUACGCCGUGUAUAACGUCAAUUUUUAUAGUUUACUUCGCUACUAGAGUCCUCUCUCUCCAUGCCGCUUUCCACACAGACCUAGCCCCGCCCCCUGUCACUCAAGGAGCGCAUUUGUUGUUGCUCGACCACAAUAUACUUGUGUUCAGUCGGCAUGGUCAUGCAACAAUGUUGAUGACAACGAUGCGGUUUCCGCUUUGCUUCUUAAUAUAAAUUCGCAAAUGUUCUGUAAUUACACUAUUCGUCUUCUUAUAUAUGCAAACUGCUAGUUUGUCUUUUCUUAGCAAGUUGUGGCUAAAUCGUGUUAGACGCUAAUCUUUAGCUAGCUAAUAAAUGUACUGAGUCAGAGCAAACGUAGCUAGCUAUACAGCCUGAUACUAAUUAUGGUGUAGGCCUAAAUCAACAUGUUUGUUUGUGUAACAGUAUAUUCUAAAUCAAAGAGGAAUAGGUGAAGCAUGAAUAUGUUGGCUACAUGAAGUACCUAAAGAGAAAACAUUUAAUGUAGCCAAAGAUUAUAGGGUCCCCUAGGAAACACUGACCAACACUUUGGUUCCUACCCUGUCAAAAUAACUCCUCCCUGGCAUUUUCAUUCGUUGUCAUGUCAAACAACACUGUAUUCAAAGUGCCCACUAUUAUAUAGAAUUAGAAUAAUCAUUAUAUUUCCAUGAUUCCAACAGUUCACACAAGUGUUUUGCUCUAAAUUGCAAUUGCAACAUUUGGUUAAAUAUAUGGCCUAGAUUUGUUACCCAUAUCGUGCAGCCCUACGUGGCAGUGUGGAAAUGAUCUCAAAUGAGGCAGGAAAUGCAGAAAUCUAUGAAAGUGUAGACAUUUUUUGGGGGUUGAAGUUUAAUUGAACAGUAUAAAACAAUCAGAAUGGAGAAAGACCCAUUGAAAUCACUUAGAAUGUAUGUGUUGCCACCCUAGGGUCAUGUGCUACUCCUAAAGCAAAUGUAGAACUUUUAGUAUUCAAAAACAUAAAAUACUGUUAAAAACACACAAAAAAAAACACUGUGAUAUGAUAUUUUGGCUAUAUUGCCCAGCCCUAACACACACACACACACACACACACACACACACACACACACACACACACACACACACACACGUGAUCCUCUGGCCCGCCUGGCACAGUCUAGUGUGCGUGUGCAAUGUGAGUGAAUGAUACCUGGGGCGGCAGGUAGCUUAGUGGGUAAGAGCGUUGUGCCAGUAACCGAAAGGUCGCUGGUUCUAAUCCCCGAGCCGACUAGGUGAAAAAUCUGUCGAUGUGCCCUUAAGCAAGGCACUUAACCCUAAUUGCUCCUGUAAGUCGCUCUGGAUAAGAGCGUCUGCUAAAUGACUAAAAUGUAAAUGUAAAAUGAUACCUUCCCUGACCUAGUAGACUGUAGCAGGGCCAGAGUCGUGGCGUCCUGGCCCCUCCCAGCCUGGCUCAGUCAGGGGGGGGGCUAUGGUCAGGGCUUGUGAGAGGCUGCCCCUUCAGCCUCCCAGCCUAGCUCAGUGGGGGCAUGUGCUGACAGAGGCUUCUAGUGUGUAGUGGACUAGGCAGUGGGCACAGUGUGAUACGUACGCUAUGCUGCCUGGUCUGGCCUGCUGCUUAGUUGCCUUUCUGUCUCAGUAGGGGGUCUGUGAGAGGCUUCUGCUGGGCUGUGUGGUACGUUAAACUGUGGUACAUUGCCUGGCCUCAGUGGUCUGGCCUGCGGACACUCCAUCAGUCCCUUUAAGGCUGGCCCUAACUUGAUCACCCUGAGAAUGCUGAUCUCCUCUCAGGGCCCGGCCAUGCAGCAUAGCGCUGACCCACUGAGAGAGAAAGAGGGAGAGAGAGAAAGCUGUGUGUGUGGCUCGUGUUAAAUUGUUUGUUUUUAAAACAGCGGAAGUUAAAGUACUAUUGCGUUGUCUGUUUGCUGGUGAAUGAAAUAGAACAAAAUACUUAUCAGGCACAGAAAUCCACAGAAGGCUAAUACAAGGAUUAAACGUACACAACCAGGGUUUAUUCUGGAUCAAAAAGGGGUUUCGGUGGUGGGUGUGGCAAUUUUAGAGGACCCCAUCUUGGCGGUGUAGGGAAAUGUUUGCAUUUUUAAGCCAAUUUCCUGCAAUUCUACACAUUUCAUGGAGCUGAGACAUUUCUGCUGUUUUUUUAAAAGCUGAUUUUCUGCGAUUCUACACAUUUUGCCAUGCAGCUGAGAGAAAAUGUUGCAGUUUUAAAGCAAAUGUUCUGCAAAUCAUAUAUAUUUUAUUUAUUUAUUUAUUUAUUUAUUUAUUUAUUUAUUUAUUUAUUACCAGUCAAAAGUUUGGACACACCUACUCAUUCAAGGGGUUUUGUUUAUUAUUUUUUUUACUAUUUUCUACAUUGUAGAAUAAUAGUGAAGACAUCAACACUAUGAAAUAACACAUAUGGAAUCAUGUAGUAACCAAACAAGUGUUAAACAAAUCAAAAUAUAUUUUAUAUUUGAGAUUCUUCAAAUAGCCACCCUUUGCCUUGAUGACAGCUUUGCACACGCUUGGCAUUCUCUCAACAAGCUUCAUGAGGUAGUCACCUGGAAUGCAUUUCAAUUAACACGUGUGCCUUGUUAAAAGUUAAUUUGUGGAAUUUAUUUCCUUCUUAAUGUGUUUGAGCCAAUCAGUUGUUGUGACAAGGUAGCGGGGGUAUACAGAAGAUAGCCCUAUUUGGUAAAAGACCAAGUCCAUAUUAUGGCAAGAACAACUCAAAUAAGCAAAGAGAAACGACAGUCCAUCAUUACUUUAAGACAUGAAGGUCAGUCAAUACAGAACAUUUCAAGAACUUUCAAGUGCAGUUGCAAAAACCAUCAAGCGCUAUUAUGAAACUGGCUCUCAUGAGGACCGCCACAGGAAUGGAAGACCCAGAGUUACCUCUGCUGCAGAGGAUAAGUUAAAUAGAGUUACCAGCCUCAGAAAUUGCAGCCCAAAUAAAUGCUUCACAGAGUUCAAGUAACAGACACAUCUCAACAUGUUUAUUGUUCUUAUUUCUUUUACAGAAUAUUGGAUGACUGUUAUUCAUAUUCCAUUCACCCAGCUCAAUGUAACAUUAAUAGGUUUAGGCUACUACAUAAUACUCACAUAGCAUCCCUCUCUGUUUGAGCCGGGUGUUUCAGUAGGCUACACUAGCUAGCUGCGUUCGCUAGCUGUGAAAGUAAAAAAUACAACAAAAUAUAGCUAUCUCUCUCACUCAAUUUCUGAAGAAAUUAAUUUGUUCAGAACUGUUCAACUAUUGUCUUUCUCUCUCUCUUUGAGUCAACUACUCACCACAUUUUAUGCACUGCAGUGCUGGCUUUCAUUACUAGAUUCAUUCUCUCAUCCUUUGAUUGGGUGGACAACAUGUCAGUUCAUGCUGCAAGAGCUCUGAUAGGUUGGAGGACGUCCUCCGGAAGUUGUCAUAAUUACUGUGUAAGUCUAUGGAAGGGGUGAGAACUAUGAGCCUAUGAGGUUUUGUAAGGAAGUCAUUGUACCCAGAGGAGGACACAAACUAGCUGUCCUCCGGCUACACCAUUGUGCUACCCUAGAGAGUGCUGUUGAGGUUACUGUAGAUCUUAAUUGCAAAACAGUGUGUUUGAAUCAAUUAUUUGGUGACGUGAAUAUAUUUAGUGUAGUUUUAUCUAAAAACAUUAACUUUUUUAAAUGUUUCACUAUUUGUAUUUUUCUGAAAUUCACUGAGGAUGGUGGUCCUCCCCUUCCUCCUCUGAGGAGCCUCCACUGGUAUAAAUUGUAUACCUCCCAAGCCUAAUUGUCCGGUCUUUUUAGUGAGGAUGUGCGAUUGUCAUUGUCGGUCAGCCAGACUGGCUGCAGUUUCGUUCUCUAAAAUGUAAGUAAAAAGCAACUGUAGUACCAUGGGACAGGUUUUUGUGAAAAACUAGCCUAUCGCUAGGAGAUGUUAAUGCCACGUUGCACAUGCUUUUGCAGAAAAUGUUCUGCCAAUAACACGGUGCGACCUGAUAUUAUUUUUUGUACCUGUGUAACAUCCAAUACGCUGCCGCUCAACAGUAAAGCUUCCUUGCUCACCUGCUCGCACUGAAACGAGUUAUUGCAUCCUCUGUCUUGCAAACACACGUGACCGCCCUCUUGAAACACCUUAGCCAGCUGCGCCACCAAAAAGCUAGCAGUUUGAUGGUAGGCCCUGGUACUAAAUUAUCCUAAACGAAAUAUUGUACUAAAUCCUUCUUUCCUCUCCACCUCUCCCUCGCAGCAACGGCAGCAACAGCAGCAAGAUGAAUGGUUCCAUGGAGAACCUGGAUACCCCUGACCAUGACUCCAUCAAGAUGUUCGUUGGCCAGAUCCCCCGCUCCUGGACGGAAACGGAGCUCAAGGAGCUGUUCGAGCCCUACGGGGCCGUGCACCAAAUCAACAUCCUCCGAGACCGCACUGCCACACCCCCCCAGAGCAAAGGUAAUUCAAUGUUAAAUGUAUUUUAAUGCAGCCCUUUCUAUACCAGCAUAACUUUACAAUAGCCUAGGCCCUAGAAGCCAAAGAGAAGAUGGAAACAGAGGUGUAGGGGCUUUCACACACACACACACACACACAUGCUCGUGCAAACGCACUUUGUUUUGUGACACCAAUAAUGAAUAGCCAAGAGGUCACUUCAAUACAACACACAGCCUGUGGCUCACAACACACACAUGCGCGUACACACACACACACACACACACACACACACACACACACACUGUGCCAACAUCACUCAAUGUCGGUGUUAACACAACACCUCUGGGCCAGGCGCGGCAAGCUGUUUGUGUGCGUGCGCUAUAUUCCUGAGUCUAUUACUUUGAACAUAAUAGAACCUUCUGUUGUGUUUUCAGGGUUAUACCAAAUAACAACCCUUCUUACUCCUGUGCAUUAUGGAAAACAGUUUUUCUCUUUACUCGGGUGGUUAAGAGAUGGUGUGUAAAGAAGUGAGUGAGUGAGUGAGCAAGGGACAGAGGGGAGAGAGGAAGGAGUGUUAUUUGCCUGCAAUUUUCCAUUAAGACAUCCAUCGAUGCACUCACCUUAGAAAGAGUGCUUGAGUUGAGCGGUUCCGUUUAGGCUCGCAAUUAGGCGAGACAGCCAAGUGGAAGCCUGCAGUUCUGAAAGCUUUUGCGACUGUGUGUGUGUGUGUGCGUGUGCAUGCCACUGAAAGUGCGGAGCCCUCCGGAAUUAACCACCGGUAAAUAUGACCUGUGAUGUGAAGUGAAAAUAAGUUUUAAUGCGGCCAGGCGUAUUCCCAUUUAUUCACUGUCUCAAUCCUGAUGUGAGGGAUUCAAUAUGGAUUUAAAGCCUUAAUCCACCAACUGGUGGUUUUGAUGUGGAUUGUGGAUCCCUCUCUUUGAUGUUGGGACUUUGUGUCUGGUCUAUCUGGCACUGCCAACGCUCAGAGUUGGGAGGGAGGAAGGGAUGAAUGGAGGGAGGGAGAGAACGCUAGGCCUAAUCUCACAGUUGCAGGCUGGAGAGUUGUCAUUGGAAUUUGCUCAGGUAUGUUGUUCCCAACUUUGUACCUCUGAGACUCUGCUGAGCUGUGGUGAUAUUAUACUGCACUGUUCUAAGCAAGAGCCUGCAUUGAAAUUGAACCCCCCCCCCCCCCCCCCCCCCAUUGAAAUUAGAAUAAAUCUGCUUAUUAGACUGUAUAAACUAAUGUAGAUAGAUGGAUACCCAGGCAUCUGUCAAACACCAAAUGAGGUUUCUGUAUACUUAGACAAGUGUCUCCUGGGUGCUGUUGAAUAUAGAGUAGGGUUGGGCGGUAUCCAGAUUUUCAUAUCGUCACACUGUCCUUCUCUCAUACGGGAUAUACUGUAUUACCGGCUUAGUACACAAGGCGAUGCCAAAAAAAAACAUUGGGCGUCUAUUACCAGAAUACUAAAGAAAUUAGCACAAGUAAUUGCGAAUUUCAAUGGAAGCUGCUAGCUAAAUAUACUAACAAGCGCCAACGAAAGUAAAUGAAUUGUGUAAAGACAGGCAAUCCAGCUCAUAAAGUUAUUUAUAUAUAUUAGGUCCAGUCAAAAGUUUGGACACCUACUCAUUCAAGGGUUUUUCUUUUAUUUUUACUAUUUUUUACAUUGUAGAAUAAUAGUGAAGACAUCAGAACUAUGAAAUAACACACAUGGAAUCAUGUAGUAACCAAAAAAGUGUUAAACAAAUCUAAAUAUAUUUCAGAUUCAGCUUUGCACACACUUGGCAUUCUCUCAACCAGCUUCAUGAGAUAGUCACCUGGAAUGAAUGCCUUCUUCAAAGUUAAUUUGUGGCAUUUAUUUCCUUAAUGCGUUUGAGCCAAUCAGUUGUGUUGUGACAUGGUAGGGGUAGGGGUAGGGGUGGGGGGGGGGGGGGGGGGGGUAUACAGAAGAUAGCCCUAUUUGGUAAAAGACCAAGUCCAUAUUAUGGCAAGAACCGCUCAAAUAAGCAAAGAGAAACGACAGUCCAUAAUUACUUUAAGACAUGAAGGUCAGUCAAUACGGAACAUUUCAAGAACUUUGAACGUUUCUUCAAGUGCAGUCGCAAAAAACAAAGCGCUAUGAUGAAACUGGCUCUCAUGAGGACCACCACAGGAAAGGAAGACCCAGAGUUACCUCUGCUGCAGAGGAUAAGUUCAUUAGAGUUACCAGCCUCAGAAAUUGCAGCCCAAAUAAAUGCUUCAGAGUUCAAGUCACAGACAUAUCUCAACAUCAACUGUUCAGAGGAGACUGCGUGAAUCAGGCCUUCAUGGUCGAAUUGCUGCAAAGAAACCACUACUAGAGGACACCAAUAAUAAGAAGAGACCUGCUUGGGCCAAGAAACACGAGCAAUGGACAUUAGACGGGUGGAAAUUUGUCCGUUGGUCUGGAGUCCAAAUUUGAGAUUUUUGGUUUCAACCGCCGUGGCUUUGUGAGACGCGGUGUGGGUGAACGGAUGUUCUCUGCAUGUGUAUUUCCCACCGUAAAGCAUGGAGGAGGUGGUGUGAUGGUGUGGGGGUGCUUUGCUGGUGACACUCCUCCACAUCCAGGCUGUGUAAGGGCUAUUUGACCAAGAAGGAGUGAUUGAGUGCUGCAUCAGAUGACCUGGCCUCCACAAUCCCCCGACCUCAACCCAAUUGGGAUGAGUCGGACCGCAGAGUGAAGGAAAAGCAGCCAACAAGUGCUCAGCAUAUGUGGGAACUCCUUCAAGACAGUUGGAAAAGCAUUCCAGGUGAAGCUGGUUGAGAGAAUGCCAAGAGUGUGCAAAGAUGUCGUCAAGGCAAAGGGUGGCUAUUUGAAGAAUCUCAAAUAUAAAAUAUAUUUUGAUUUGUUUAACACUUUUUUGGUUACUACAUGAUUCCAUAUGUGUUAUUUCAUAGUUUUGAUGUCUUCACUAUUAUUCUACAAUGAAGAAAAUAGUACAAAUAAAGAAAAACCCUUGAAUGAGUAGGUGUGUCCAAACUUUUGACUGGUACUGUGUAUAUAUAGGUAGGAGCUAUCGAAUGUCAUUUCUGGUGAGUUUGGACAUUUUACAAGCGAAUGUGAACGAGAGACAUUGUGCAAAUGAACAAAGUUUUGAUGCAUGCUUCUUUUGAAGGAAGAACAGUACUGGCUCUGGAGCAGCAUGUGUAGGCUAUACGCUGUGUCUGGGUGGAGUCUGGAGUUGCUAGGGCAACGGGCCUGCCUGCUCUGCUCAAAGAAGAGAGGAGAAGACAGGCCGAGAAUGGAGAGGAGGAAAAAUGCAAGGAAAUCAAGAUGGUGGCAGCUGUACAGAUAACUCAUCCAAAGGGCUGUGGCUUCUCAAACACGGCAGAAAACUCACACUAUAUGAUGCCCCGUCUCCUUAUUAAUUCAUCCACUUACUUAGAUAACUAGCAAGUUAAACUUAGGAGUUAAGUUAAUGCAGAAUUCAGAUUAUUUCACGCAGGACAAAUAUAACACAUAACAAAUAUCUUGUUUUGUAAAUGCAGAUGUAAAAUGUUAAUUAUUGUAAUUUCUGCUCGGCAUCAGACUAAUUUCGUGCUUCAGUUGCACUUGGCUCGGAUGGGAAUUCACAAAUGGGCAAUCUUAUCAGCAGACAGCCCUCUGACUGAUGUGUAUUUACUUUUCUCGGUGUAGCCAGCCUACUUUUCUCCGGUAAAAUGUGAGAUUGACUUUAAGCAAAACAAGGAAAUGUAGCUGGCUACAUUCUUUCUAUGAUAAACAUUAGAAAUAUUAUGGCCAUGCUUCGUUUUUUUGCGAAAAAAGACCUUGCUUUUUCAUUGUAAGCUGAUUUACUUGUGUGGCUGCCAGCCAAAUAGCGUUGCACUUCUGUUGUCAUCUGAUGACGAUGAAGCUAUUUUCUGCUGAAUGUGUUGCAUUAAUGUAUUUUCUGUGAAGGAAAACUAUAGUUGCACGCCCCUGAUCACUCUAUUGAAGCAAAAAAACACUUUCAAUAUAAAACGUGACACCUGUCAAUACACAGCUGGACUCCCCUGCUCCCACUUUCUCCUGUUGUACUAUUUACAAACAAACAUGUGACUCGCUCAACUGUUCUGGGGAACUAUGGUUAGCUUCAUCAUGUAAAAUAAUGUGACAGAUGAAAUGAAAGACGCGAUCUGCUUUAUCUCCUAAAGUAUUGCACAAGUUGAUUGCAGUUAUUUACUUAAAAAGUAACUACAAAUAUAAAAAUGUAUUGAAAAACAAAGAAAUAGUUUCAAUGCUAUUGACGGUAUUGAAAAACCAUCCCGUGGCUAUUUCCAAAUACCCCGGUAUACGGUAUACUGCUCAAGCCUAAUAUAGAGCACAUUGUAUGAGAGGAUAAUACCCUCCUCCUCAACUCCCUUUCCCCCUCCUCUUUGUGUCAUCCAUCUUGCUUUUGUUUGAAUCAUCCCGAUUCUGUUGGAAUCAAUCCAAUUAAAUCCCACUUCAAUUUGGGUCUGUUUGUUUGUUUUAGCCCCUAUCUAUUUUGAGAAUGGUCUGAUUCUGUAGCGUUGUGUUUUUUAGGUCAUGAUGACGCCAGGGUCUCUGACUGCAGGGUAUAAAGACAUGAUAACCAUCGUGCUUAGCUCUUAGCCCUAUGGUUUAUUUAGCCUCUUAGCAGCAGGGAGGGGAAGCACAGCGAGAGAGCGGAGGGAAAAGACAGUGACAGAGAGCGAGAGAGAGAGAGAGAAAGCUGCAUGGUUUAUUUAGCCUCAGCAGAUCGCUAGGGGGUAGCACUAAACAACCGAGAGGGAGAGGAAAGCGACACAGAGAGGAAAAGGAAACUCUGCAGUGGUGGCUUAUGCGAUCUCAGUGACUCAACCAUUAUAACAAAGUAAAUGGGGGCCCCAUGCCAUUUCAUUUUUAGUUUUUAUGGCAAUUGUUAGUUCUCAAAGAUCUUAUUUAAAAAAUAUAUAGCUCCAUUAUCUUUUCAACAUACUUUUAUCUGGUUUAUUCGUUUAAGUUUACACUGAAAACAUUUUACCAUCCCGUCACACACAGUGAGGGAAAAAAGUAUUUGAUCCCCUGCUGAUUUUGUACGUUUGCCCACUGACAAAGAAAUGAUCAUUCUAUAAUUUUAAUGGUAGGUUUAUUUGAACAGUGAGAGACAGAAUAACAACAAAAAAAUCCAGAAAAAAACGCAUGUCAAAAAUGUUAUAAAUUGAUUUGCAUUUUAAUGAGGGAAAUAAGUAUUUGAAAUAAGUAUCAGAAAGAUUUCUGGCUCCCAGGUGUCUUUUAUACCGGUAAUGAGCUGAGAUUAGGAGCACACUCUUAAAGGGAGUGCUCCUAAUCUCAGUUUGUUACCUGUAUAAAAGACACCUGUCCACAGAAGCAAUCAGUUAAUCAGAUUCCAAACUCUCCACCAUGGCCAAGACCAAAGAGCUCUCCAAGGAUGUCAGGGACAAGAUUGUAGACCUACACAAGGCUGGAAUGGGCUACAAGACCAUCGCCAAGCAGCUUGGUGAGAAGGUGACAACAGUUGGUGCGAUUAUUCGCAAAUGGAAGAAACACAAAAGAACUGUCAAUCUCCCUCGGCCUGGGGCUCCAUGCAAGAUCUCACCUCGUGGAGUUGCAAUGAUCAUGAGAAUGGUGAGGAAUCAGCCCAGAACUACACGGGAGGAUCUUGUCAAUGAUCUCAAGGCAGCUGGGACCAUAGUCACCAAGAAAAAAAUUGGUAACACACUACGCCGUGAAGGACUGAAAUCCUGCAGCGCCCAUUUUUGACAUGCGUUUUUCUGGAUUUGUUUUGUUGUUGUUCUGUCUCUCACUGUUCAAAUAAACCUACCAUUAAAAUUAUAGACUGAUCAUGUCUCAAACGUACAAAAUCAGCAGGGGAUCAAAUACUUUUUUCCCUCACUGUAUAUAUAUACCAGUCAAAAGUUUGGACACACCUACUCAUUCCAGGGUUUUUCUUUAUUUUUACUAUUUUCUACAUUGUAGAAUAAUAGUGAAGACAUCAAAACUAUGAAAUAACACAUAUGGAAUCAUGUAGUAACCAAAAAAAGUGUUAAACAAAUCAUAAUAUAUUUUAUAUUUGAGAUUCUUCAAAGUAGCCACCACCCUUUGCCUUGAUGACAGCUUUGCACACUCUUGGCAUUCUCUCAACCAGCUUCACCUGGAAUGUGUUUCCAACAGUCUUGAAGGAGUUCCCACAUAUGCUGAGCACUUGUUGGCUGCUUUUCCUUCACUCUGCGGUCCGACUCAUCCCAAACCAUCUCAAUUGGGUUGAUGUCGGGUGAUUGUGGAGGUCAGGUCAUCUGAUGCAGCACUCAAUCACUCUCCUUCUUGGUAAAAUAGCCCUUACACAGCCUGGAGGUGUGUUUUGGGUCAUUGUCCUGUUGAAAAACAAAUUAUAGUACCACUAAGCGCAAACCAGAUGGAACGGCUUAUCGCUGCAGAAUGCUGUGGUAGCCAUGCUGGUUAAGUGUGCCUUGAAUUCUAAAUAAAUUACAGACAGUGUCACCAGCAAAGCAACCCCACACCAUCACACCACCUCCUCCAUGCUUCACGGUGGGAACCACACAUGCGGAGAUCAUCCGUUCACCUACUCUGCGUCUCACAAAGACACGGCGGUUGGAACCAAAGAUCUCCAAUUUGGACUCCAGACCAAAGGACAGAUUUCCACCCAUCUAAUGUCCAUUGCUCGUGUUUCUUGGACCAAGCAGGUCUCUUCUUCUUAUUGGUGUCCUUUAGUAGUGGUUUCUUUGCAGCAAUUUGACCAUGAAGGCCUAAUUCACGCAGUCUCCUCUGAACAGUUGAUGUUGAGAUGUCUGUUGCUUGAACUCUGUGAAGCAUUUAUUUGGGCUCCAAUCUGAGGUGCUGUUAUUCUAAUGAACUUAUCCUUUGCAGCAGAGGUAACUCUGGGUCUUCCUUUCCUGUGGCUGGUCCUCAUGAGAGCCAGUGUCAUCAUAGCGCUUGAUGGUUUUUGCGACUGCACCUGAGCAAACUUUAAAAGUUCUUGACAUUUUCCGUAUUGACUGACCUUCAUGUCUUAAAGUAAUGAUGGACUGUCAUUUCUCUUUGCAUAUUUGAGCUGUUCUUGCCAUAAUAUGGACUUGGACUUUUAUCAAAUAGGGCUCUCUUCUGUAUACCCCCCCACCUUGUCACAACACAACUGAUUGGCUCAAACACAUUAAGAAGUAAAGAAAUUCCACAAAUUAAGUUUUAAGAAGGCACAUCUGAUAAUUGAAAUGCAUUCCAGGUGACUACCUCAUGAAGCUGGUUGAGAGAAUGCCAAGCGUGUGCAAAGCUGUCAUCAAGGCAAAGGGUGGCUACUUUGAAGAAUCUCAAAUAUAAAAUAUAUUUUGAUUUGUUUAACACUUUUUUGGUUACUACAUGAUUUCAUAGUUUUGAUGUCUUCACUAUUCUACAAUGUAGAAAAUAGUAAAAAAUAAAGAAAAACCCUGGAAUGAGUAGGUGUGUCAAUUUAUUUUAUCUUCAUAUGCCACCGCUGCUGAAUGAAUAUAGGGGAAACACUGCAGCAGCCUCUUAGAGAUGAGAACAGAGCAACUCAAUGCAUGUUAGCAUAUCGCAGCUCCCAAUCAAGGCCUGGGAGAGCGAGAGGGAGCUCCACUCCACAGUAACAGCAUCAUUCGAGCACAAGCGCACGGCCUGAGAGGGUGCUCCACAGUGAGCAGCAGCAAUACAACACUAUGUAGGUCAGAGACGCUGCAGUACUCUACUUCCCUGUGUGUGUGUGUGUGUGUGCGCUCUGCCAGCCCAGAGAAACUGACAGGCUGGAACGCCACUUGCGGUCUGCUGGGACUGAAGGAUGAGAGUGUAUAUAUUUUUUUUCUCCUAUUCCUCCCCCAUCUCCCUCCCUUGUUCUAUUGCUUGCUUGCUCUCUCUUCUCUCGCGCUCUCUCUCCCCCCCUCCCAUUCUUGUUGAGUGUGGAUGUAUUGCCUAUUUGUAUGUGUGUAUGCACACUUAUGUAACGGAGAGCCAUUCAAUAGUUUGUCGGUACGGUACAGUGGCUGCCUGCCUCUGAGUAGCUUCACUGUAGCCUCUCUCUGCCACACUUCAGUGAUCCUGACAGGCAGAUAGCCCCUUGGUCUCCUGCUCUCUGCUCUCUGUGCUCUGUUGAGUACUGUACAGUCACGUGUGUCAACUAUGACCCUGAUCCGUCACUCCAUCUCCUUAUCUUGCCCAUAGCCUACUUUCACUGCAAGUGCUGUUUGUGUGCGCUAUAGGCACCUAGCAUGCUGUGCAGUAUGUCUACUGUAUGUACAACAGUUAAUUAUGAUUCCAUUCCUUGUCUUAAAACAGCACUGGUGUUUAGAGUUACAUUACUCUUAUUGUUCUGUCAUUUAAAUUUAAAAAAAAUAUCUUCCCCCCUUCUCUCUCUGCAGGAUGCUGUUUUGUAACAUUUUAUACCAGAAAAGCCGCCCUGGAGGCCCAGAAUGCAUUGCACAAUAUAAAGACCUUAACAGGGGUGAGUAAGCAGGAAGCGUGUGUGUGUGUGUGUGUGUGUGUGUGUGUGUGUGUGUGUGCCGCCUUUAGCACCUCAUUGCUCCCCUGUGUUGCUGCACUUGGAUGGAUGGAUGGAUGUAGACUGAGCUCACUGAGCCACAUCCCACACACACCGUAUAGCCCCUGCCAUGCCAUUCCUAUCCACAAGAACUGACCUGAACCUAGCUCCCUCUUCUGAAGUGAUAAUCACACAGCUGUGUGCACACCAAGACCCACACACGGAGAGUCAUGUAAAGGGUGCUUUACUUAAGGGGAGCCUAGCUAGCGACAUGCCUAGCCCCCCCCCCCCCCCCCCCCCCACACACACACACACACACACACACACACACACACACACACACACACACACACACACACACACACAGCUACCCAGUCAUAAAGUGGAACAAAUUAUUAAUCAUGCUUGUCCUCAUGAAUCAUAGAUGCAAAACUAAAUUUCAUUUUUUUUUAAGGAAUACAAAAACGAAAGUGUAUGAAGAAUAUUGCUCCUAACAAUGGAAUCUGCUGAGAGCGAUGGAGGGAGUGAGAGAGGGACAGGAGGAGAGAAGGAAAGAGAAAAACAGGGGGACAGCUGUACAGAGAAACAGAAAGAGUCUUCAUUCUAACCUGAUUUAUCUGAUCAAGAUUAAAGCUCAGUCAACUGGAACAAGUGCAAUUGCUUGUUAAAGCUUGAUAAAUCUACCUCCCCUAUCCCCUGCGUUACUCUAUCUGCUUCCAAUCAAUUCAAUCAAUACUAAACUACCUCAGUCUUCAAUUAAAUCAAUACUAAACUACCUCAGUCUUCAAUUAAAUCAAUAACUCCACUCUAUUGGAAACUGUGAAAAUGUCAUCAAUCAGGAGAAUGACUAAGUGUUAAAGAAUUUGUACCAGUGUGAUAUGCAAAGGGAGACUGUACUAAUUAUACCAUUCAGGGUUGGGGGCCGUUCCAUUUCAGUUCAGGAAGUCAACAGAAAAUCUAGAGUCCUGAACUGACUGAAUUUAAAUGGAAUUAUAAUCCUGGUCCUCUGUAGCUCAGGAAUUAUAAUUAUGGUCCUCUGUAGCUCAGCUGGUAGAGCACGGCGCUUGUAACGCUAAGGUAGUGGGUUCGAUCCCCGGGACCACCCAUACACAAAAAAAUGUAUGCACGCAUGACUGUAAGUCGCUUUGGAUAAAAGCGUCUGCUAAAUGGCAUAUUAUUAUUAUUAUUUAUUAUUAUUAAAUGGAAUUGACCCCAACCCUGAAAUGUACAGUAGCGUGAUGAUCGAAGUGAGAUUAGAUUAGAUAACACAUACUGUACAAACCUACAGUAUAAAUAUCACUUAUCAUUAAUCAGUUAAAGCAUUUUCAAAUAAAGUGCAUGUCUUUUGACAGCUGCCAGUCAUGCUGCUUCUGGCAUUGACUGAAGUCUGAUGCCGCGUUGGUGGAAAAGCUUGUGUCCCUUUCGGAUGCCAAACCUGGGUUCAAAUACUAUUCGAAAUCAUUUCAAAUACUUGAUCUCUGCUUGGUUGAGCUUGCCUAUUGCAAUGGAACCAAUAGAAGAGUCACACAAGUGCACAUCCCGGAUCCCACCUAUCUGGUACUCCAGGCAGGCUAAAGCAAACACAAUAAGUAUUUGAAUGAUUUUUUAAAUAGUAUUUGAACCCAGGUAGGUCUGUUGCACGGACUCCCUCCUUCUGUGCCUUCCUCUCCUUGGCAAGUGACCCCAGUCCCCAUACAGAGAGGGCCAUCUGUCCAUUUCUUUUAGUUCCCUUCUCUCUGAAAAACAACACAUUUCAUAAGUGCAUAACUGUCUCUCCUGUUUUUGUUUUUAUAGUGAGCACUCAAGCGAGUGAGUAAUGAUUUCCCAUGUUAUCAUGUCAUCAUAACACAUGGUAAAUCAACUUGAAGCCAAGCCACUUCCAUGAUAUCUUUAUUUCCUCUGUCUAUUUCUCUUGGUCCCCUUCUCUCGAAAAUAACACCAUUUCAUACAGCCAGCCUCCCCGGUUUGUAUAGAAAUGGCUUGAGUGAGUAAGAUAGCGUAAAAAGGAUGGGGUGGGGGGGCAGUGCAAAUAGUCCGGGUAGCCAUGAUUAGCUGUUCAGGAGUCAUUUAGUCAGCCACCAAUUGUGCAAGUUCUCCCACUUAAAAAGAUGAGAGAGGCCUGUAAUUUUCAUCAUAGGUACACGUCAACUAUGACAGACAAAUUGAGAAUUUUUUUUCCAGAAAAUCACAUUGUAGGAUUUGUUAUGAAUUUAUUUGCAAAUUAUGGUGGAAAAUAAGUAUUUGGUCACCUCCAAACAAGCAAGAUUUCUGGCUCUCACAGACCUGUAACUUCUUCUUUAAGAGGCUCCUCUGUUCUCCACUCGUUACCUGUAUUAAUGGCACCUGUUUGAACUUGUUAUCAGUAUAAAAGACACCUGUCCACAACCUCAAACAGUCACACUCCAAACUCCACUAUGGCCAAGACCAAAGAGCUGUCAAAGGACACCAGAAACAAAAUUGUAGACCUGCACCAGGCUGGUAAGACUGAAUCUGCAAUAGGUAAGCAGCUUGUUUUGAAGAAAUCAACUGUGGGAGCAAUUAUUAGGAAAUGGAAGACAUACAAGACCACUGAUAAUCUCCCUCGAUCUGGGGCUCCAUUCAAGAUCUCACCCCGUGGGGUCAAAAUGAUCACAAGAACGGUGAGCAAAAAUCCCAGAACCACACGGGGGGACCUAGUGAAUGACCUGCAGAGAGCUGGGACCAAAGUAACAAAGCCUACCAUCAGUAACACACUACGCCGCCAGGGACUCAAAUCCUGCAGUGUCAGACGUGUCCCCCUGCUUAAGCCAGUACAUGUCCAGGCCCGUCUGAAGUUUGCUAGAGUGCAUUUGGAUGAUCCAGAAGAGGAUUGGGAGAAUGUCAUAUGGUCAGAUGAAACCAAAAUAUAACUUUUUGGUAAAAACUCAACUUGUCGUGUUUGGAGGACAAAGAAUGCUGAGUUGCAUCCAAAGAACACCAUACCUACUGUGAAGCAUUGGGGUGGAAACAUCAUGCUUUGGGGCUGUUUUUCUGCAAAGGGACCAGGACGACUGAUCCGUGUAAAGGAAAGAAUGAAUGGGGCCAUGUAUCGUGAGAUUUUGCGUGAAAACCUCCUUCCAUCAGCAAGGGCAUUGAAGAUGAAACGUGGCUGGGUCUUUCAGCAUGACAAUGAUCCCAAACACACCGCCCGGGCAACGAAGGAGUGGCUUCGUAAGAAGCAUUUCAAGGUCCUGGAGUGGCCUAGCCAGUCUCCUGAUCUCAACCCCAUAGAAAAUCUUUGGAGGGAGUUGAAAGUCCGUGUUGCCCAACGACAGCCCCAAAACAUCACUGCUCUAGAGGAGAUCUGCAUGGAGGAAUGUGCCAAAAUACCAGCAACAGUGUGUGAAAACCUUGUGAAGACUUACAUAAAAUGUUUGACCUGUGUCAUUGCCAACAAAGGGUAUAUAAUAAAGUAUUGAGAAACUUUUGUUAUUGACCAAAUACUUAUUUUCCCCCGUAAUUUGCAAAUAAAUUCAUAGUCUUUACACAUGACAAAUAAAUUGAACUUGAAACCAUGCCCUCUGCUGAUAUCCUUAUUCCCCUUGCUUAAAAUCUAGCCACUUCACUCCAUAUUUUUCCUAUUUUCUUUCUGGCUUCUCUGUGCCAAUAUGGCAGGUGUAGAUAUCUAAUCCAAAAGAUUAGCUCUUCAGAUCCACUUCUUCUUCAGCGUAUUAAGGGAUCUAGUGGAAGAGCCAGGGGAAAUAAGUUGCAGGUGGAAAUAUGUCAUUUAGAGAUGGAUUGGAUUUUCUGCCAACCUCUUGUUGUAGCUCAAGCUUUAGCUCAGAUAUGGCCCAUCACAUGUUAGCAAUGCUGGACCGAAUGGCUAGCAUUCCAUUCCCAAGUGAAGAACUAUCACUUUAAAGGCCAGUGAACAUUGGUUGUACCCCAAAUGGCAUCCUAUUCCCUAAGCCUCUGGUAAAAGGUAGUGGGCUAUAUAGGCUAGUGUUGUAUGGUAUACCGGCACCACAGUAAUACCAUGGUACCAAAACGUCAUGGUACUUAUGAUAACCAACAUUUUUAGAAUACCAUAGUACCGUUUCAUAUUAUACUACAAACUUUUUCGGCCCUACCGAUCUAAAGCACCCGCUGGCGCCUGUUAUAAAAUGUUUAUAAAGUAAGUUACUUAAGUAAAUCUUUUAAGCAACAGCAGCUAGUUUCUUGUAUGCUAUGCACCAGUCCAAUGUUCACUUCACUUUCAUGCUUUCUGUAGUCAGCCAGCUGCAUCCCCUACCAGCCCUCACUCACAUGCUUCUCUCCGUCUGCUCUUCCUGCAAAUCUAUUCCUCCAUCAGUUUUUUAAAAUGUAAUUUAGCUGUGAUGGCGAUUGGGGAUGGAGACCCUGAUCAGUCUCCUGUUGUUACAUUUGAUACAUUGGAGCAGUACACAGAGGGAGUAAAGUUGAUACAUUGUAUAUAAUUUCAUCCCUAAUAAACCAAGAGCACAGGCCAGUCUGAGUAUAGGCUUUGCAAGUUCGCUGUCAUGCAGCAGUGCCAGAGACGAAAAACAGCUUUGCGACAGGCUUGCUUGAAUCUUUACAGCAAAGAAAUCGUCUUGUCUCUAGCUCAAACGGUUAAAAGAAUAUGACUCCUAUAACCGGACCGACCUUUUUUCUUCCUGCGCGAUUUCGCGCACAUUUGAUAUAAUUUCACAAACCAUGUUGUGGGCUGUUUUAAACUAAUCCCGGCCUGCUAAUUAUUGGUUUGAUAACAAACAACGUUGUUCAGUCAUUUUACCUAGCUAGCUAACCACCUGGUAACUUGACAGUAGGUUUAGGCAAAUUAGAUUGGCCCAGGAAAAAAGGAAAAGGGUGUGCUACUCAUGAGAUGUGCUUCAAAGGUAGGAUUCGUAAAGGCAUAACUAUAUCAAAAAUCGAUUUCAUUCUGGUGCUCCUUACGUUCUGUUUGGUGCCUAACGUUUUUUAAGUUGGGAGCAGUGUGUGCAUGUUUGUGGGAGAGAGAGUGGUGGUGUGUGUUUUAUGAGGGAGACCGAGAGAGUGUGUAUCUGUGUGUUAACUGAAGAGUAGAAGGUUUCAUGCAGUGUUUUCCCUUAACUGCCACAAUGACAUGCAGAUCAUUUUGCAUGUAUAUUCCUUUCUCCCAUUACACCAGUCAAAUCACAGGUGGGCCUUUGCAAAUAUGAGCAAAUUAGCCAUUCUAUGCAGUAUUCUAUUAUACAGUGUGAAAUGAAAUUCAAUAUGUGUUGUAUUGAGAAGAAGUGUGAAUAUUAGUGCCAGAUUUUUUGUGUACCAUAUACGCAUAAUGUUUAGAAAACAGGAACACGCAUCCUGGGGACGGGACGAACAGCACGCUAGGCCACUGAAUUCUUCCCUUCAUGGUAUCGUGAUACUACUCGGUAUCGUGAUACUACUCGGUAUCGUGAUACUUGGCCUGGUAUUGUAUCAUUAGUAAAAUGUUGGUAUCGUGACGACACUUGUAUAGGUGCCAUUUGGGAUGCAUCCAUUGAGAAGCAGGCCAGAAGAGAGCAACACUUUUAGAUGCAUUUUAUUUUAUUAGGAUCCCCAUUACCCGACGCCAAUGGCGACAGCUAGUCUUACUGGUGUCCAACACAUAACGUAAAAAGACAUUACAGACAAAAUACUUUACAAUUUACAUACAUUUAAAAACAUUAACAUGUAGUGUGUGUGCAUCUAUCAGUUACACAUACAUCUCAGUACAUACACACAAUUAGAUCACAUGGGGGAGAGGCGUUGUGCCGUGAGGUGUUGCUUUAUUUGUUUUUUUAAAACCAGGUUUGCUGUUCACUUGCACUAUAUGAGAUGGAAGGGAGUUCCAUGCAAUCAUGGCUCUGUAUAGUACUUUAUGUUUUAGGGCUGUCCCUGACAAAAAAUAAUUGAGUCGUCUGUUCUUUUUUAAACGUGUAUUUUUCCAUAUAUAGACACAUUCUAUGUGUUUUAAUCAAAUCAACUAUAUGCACUGAGCUUGUCUGAUGCUUUAAGCUAACUGUUUGAUUAAAUAAUUAAGACACACAAAUGACUAGAGGGAGUCCGACCGCAAUUGAUUUGAUUGCCGCCUGGCUCAGACACAUCAACAGUGUGUAUAGCGCAGUCGGUGAUGCUGAAGCUGCAACAUAAUUACAGCCAUUUCUGACUGAAGAGUUAUGUUACCGAAAUCCUUCAUUUGUUUAGGAAAAACAUUCCCUAUCCCAUCAACCCUUGCUCUCUAUACGUGACACAUGUAUGCAUCGCAUGCACGUGACCAAUAGGGCCUGACCUAAAGCAUAUCAUAAUCACAUCAAUAAAUUGGUUAUAACAAACUCUAAACACCGUAACACAUGUGACAGCAAAAUGUAUGCAGAGGACGUGAUAAAUAAACUCGAAACGGGGGAAUGUUUACUGGUUGCUCAGGAGGUAAAGGGGAAGUCAGAUGUGUGGAAUAAAUGUGACUAGUUGUAGAAAAUACUGCAGAUCAAGAAAAAAAUAAAGGUAUGGAGCAAGCGCUGCGUGCAUAUUAUGUGUGCCAAACAGGUGCUGUUAAUUACAAUAUAAUAUUUCUGACCGUUUGAAACAAUGUAAACAACACUAAAUCAAUUAUAAGCGUACUAGAGCGUCUGUAACACUUUUUUUGUAAAGCCUUUAUUACAGCAAAGACUAAAAACAGUCUCAUUCAUUCGUGAAUGCAAUUUCCGAAAUGGAACGGUUUAGGCGUAUAUAUUGUUUACGCUAACUAUUCAAUGGUCGCUUUGUUAUUUUAUUUUAAAACUAAAAUGCUUGAUUGCGUUUCACUUCGUGAAUGACUUGCAUGCAGUGUGAUGACAUGAACGAAUAAAUUAUUGAUUGAUACAGUAGCCUAUAUAAGCAUUGAAAUAUAGGCUUAAAUAAAUGACGGUAUUUAGAUAAACAGGAUGCGCUCUUAGGCCUACAGCUCGAUGGUGGUUAAAGAAGGCUGCUUAUACUAAGCCUACUAAUGAUAAUGACAUUACUUAUUAUUAGAAUGAUGAUCAUAAUAAUAAUAGUAAUAAUAACAAGGAGAUGAUCAAGGAAAAGGGAGGGUGGUUGUUGUUGUUGUUAUUAUUAUAAUUUUUCGGACAAUUUGGAACAGUGUAAACGCUAAAUAAAUUAUAAAUAAUACCAGAGAGGCUGGUCUAAUGAAAAAGUCGAACACCUUUAUUACAGCAAAUAUUAAAAACAGCCAAAUUUGUGAAGUUGUUGCGUGAGGCUUGGUGCUCAUGGAAUCAGUAAGCUAUUAAACAAACACUCAAACAGGCAACAGAAGCAUGAUCUGUAUUUUUCCUGUAGAUAUACACUACCAGUUAAAAGUUUGGACACACCUACUCAUUCAAGGGUUUUUCUUUAUUUUUAAUUUUUUUUACAUUGUAGAAUAAUAGUGAAGAUAUCAAAACUAUGAAAUAACACACAUGGAAUCAUGUAGUAAACAAAAAAGUGUUAAACAAAUCAAAAUAUAUUUUAUAUUUGAGAUUCUUCAAAUAGCCACCCUUUGGCAUUCUCUCAACCAGCUUCACCUGGAAUGCUUUUCCAACAGUCUUGAAGGAGUUCCCACAUGCUGAGCACUUGUUGGCUGCUUUUCCUUCACUCUGUGGUCCGACUCAUCCCAAACCAUCUCAAUUGGGUUGAGGUCGGGGGAUUGUGGAGGCCAGGUCAUCUGAUGCAGCACUCCAUCACUCUCCUUCUUGGUCAAAUAGCCCUUCCAUAGCCUGGAGGUGUGUUGGUUCAUUGUCCUGUUGAAAAACAAAUGACAGUCCCACUAAGCCCAAACCAGAUGGGAUGGCGUAUCGCUGCAGAAUGCUGUGGUAGCCAUGCUGGUUAAGUGUGCCUUGAAUUCUAAAUAAAUCACAGACAGUGUCACCAGCAAAUAACCCCCACACCAUCACACCUCCUCCUCCAUGCUUUACGGUGGGAAAUACACAUGCAUCUCACAAAGCCACAGCGGUUGGAACCAAAGAUCUCCAAUUUGGACUCCAGACCAAAGGACACAUUUCCACCCAUCUAAUGUCCAUUGCUCGUGUUUCUUGGCCCAAGCAGGUCUCUUCUUCUUAUUGGUGUCCUUCAGUAGUGGUUUCUUUGCAGCAAUUCGUCCAUGAAGGCCAGAUUCACACAGUCCCCUCUGAACAGUUGAUGUUGAGAUGUGUCUGUUGCUUGAACUCUGUGAAGCAUUUAUUUGGGCUGCAAUUUCUGAGGCUGGUAACUAAUGAACUUAUGCUCUGCAGCAGAGUUAACUCUGGGUCUUCCUUUCCUGUGGCUGUCCUCAUGACAGCCAGUUUCAUCAUAGCGCUUGAUGGUUUUUACAACUGCACUUAAAGAAACUUUCAAAGUUCUUGAAAUUUUCCGUAUUGACUGACCUUCAUAUCUUAAAGUAAUGAUGGACUGUCGUUUCUCUUUGCUUAUUUGAGCUGUUCUUGCCAUAAUAUGGACUUUUACCAAAUAGGGCUAUCUUCUGUAUACCCCCCUACCUUGUCACAACACAACUGAUUGGCUCAAACGCAUUAAGAAGGAAAGAAAUUCCACAAAUGAACAUUUAACAAGGCACACCUGUUAAUUGAAAUGCAUUCCAGGUGACUACCUCAUGAAGUUGGUUGAGAGAAUGCCAAGAGUGUGCAAAGCUGUCAUCAAGUCAAAGGGUGGCUAUUUGAAGAAUCUCAAAUAUAAAAUAUAUUUUGAUUUGUUUAACACUUGUUUGGUUACUACAUGACUUCAUAUGUGUUAUUUCAUAGUUUUGAUGUCUUCACUAUUAUUCUACAAUGUAGAAAAUAGUACAAAUAAACAAAAACCCUUGAAUGAGUAGGUGUGUCCAAACUUUUGACUGGUACUGUAUAUGGAUGAUUUAUAAAGCCAGGCACAUUUAACAGUUAGGCUAUUGAUUAUAGACAUAAUUAAGUUGGGUUUUGCUCUCGCCUCACUUUUCUUAGACAAUUAAGCCAUGGGUUGUUUUGUGAUGCACCGUUCUUACAUAAUAUAACCAUAUACAAUUUCAGUAGCAUAUGUCUUAGACUGAUGGACUGUGCCAUCCCAAUGGCCUCCACAAUGGAUCAGUCCACUCAGACAGGCGCCAAUCAGACGGGUGUCUUGUACACCAUUAUUUUUUAAUUUAUAAAAUUUUUUGCUACGGCUUGACUAAAGAAAUCUCGGUCGACCAACAGUCUAUCAACCAAACAAUCGACCAGUCGACUAAAUGGAGUAAGCCCUAGUAUGUUUCCUUGCAUUUGUUCUGGGGACUGUGGGAAAAAAAAACGUAUGAAAUGGAUCCAGAAAGGAUGACGACAGGGAGAAUCAAUAACUGCAAUCAUAUGACUACUGCUCUGACCCAACCCAAAGAAAGAGGAGAGAAAUUGCAUAUGAGGAUUUGAGCCACACCACUAGCCAGUGGACAUAUCUUCUAUAGCUCAGUAUAGUGUGAAGGAUAAUAGAAUCUGAGAGGUGGCGAGUGAACAAGAAAGAUACUGAAAGAUGAGGGGGAUGAGGUGGAGGAAGAAGGGUAAUAAUGAGCGAGAGAGCAAUAAUUGUCUAAAAAUCCAUCCUCACCUCCUUUCCUUCAUCUGCACUGAUGGGAAAAGGUGGAGCUCGACAGGUGAGACUUGACCGGUGAAAACAAUACGGGGGAGUUAAGCUCAUUAUAAGGCUAUCUUUCACCUUGUCAGUUCUUUCAGAUCAGUGAAGGAGAGGAGGCUAGGAGAGAACAAAAUGUUUAAACAAUUGAGAAAGGGCCAGGGGGAGAGAGCGAGAGAGAGAGAACUAAAUAACAUAGCCAAGCACCUGACCUGUUCAUCGUCCUGGUAACUAACAGUUGGUUAGUGUGUGUCAUUGUGAUGACACGCCUGAUGAUAGCGUGAUGUUAAACAUGUUUUCUUCCAUGUUCUCCUCCUCCUUACAGAUGCAUCAUCCCAUCCAGAUGAAACCCGCUGACAGCGAGAAAACAAAUGGUGAGUGACAUCACUGCAGAUACGCUGUGACACAGGCUAAAGUGUGUAUAAACAAAACAUGGCGGCCGGCCGGUUAAAGAGAAGGGUUUGCGUCACCAGGGCUGUGGUCAAAAGUAGUGCGCUAUAUAGGAUGCCAUUUGGGUCACACCCUGAAAACAGAACACAGCUACCAUGAAAGGAAGUGAGGAAAUUGCACCAAGAAGAAUCAAGAUUCGUAAAGGAAAUAAAAAGGAGAUUGUCUCUAUAUUUUAGUUCCCAGAUGAUGGCCCAAAUAGUACUUGUCUGGUCUCGUAUGUUUGUGCUGCCAAAGAUUGACAACAACCAUAGGAGUUGGCUAUUAUGGCACAAACAGAUCUGGGACCAGACUGCCGAAACGGUACUCUGCGCUGUAAAUGUGUAAUAAUACAGUAUUUCAGGGGUGUCAGGGGUUACUAGGAUUAAAGGAGCUUUUUGAAGGCGAGAGGGUGCAAGGAGCGAGAGGAGAGGAAAGCGGGUACAGAGGGAUCUGGUGGGAGGAUAAGGGGAUGAUAAAGCAGUCAUCCGUCUAAAGAAAAAGAGAUUGGGGAGGAGGGAGAGAUGAAGCGGUAAGAUAGAGAUUUAGAGAACGAAAAGGGGUGAGCUGACUCAUUGAGUGAGGGGGUUGCAAGGAGGGGAGAGGAGAGAUUGAACUAGCAAAAAGAGAGGUGGAAGGUUGCAUAGUCCAUUUUGCUAUCGCUGUUUUGCUGUCACUCAUUCUUUCCUCUCUCUUUCUCCAUUUCAGCGGUGGAAGACAGAAAGCUCUUCAUUGGAAUGGUGACAAAGAAAUACGGCGAGAACGAGGUCCGGAUGAUGUUCUCUGCUUUCGGACAGAUAGAGGAAUGCCGAAUUCUCAGAGGACCCGACGGUCUGAGCAGAGGUGGGUUGUGGGUAACGCCAUGUCACUCUCCUCCACGCUCCCGUUAUACCAAGUGGUCCUGUGUCAGUGGAUCAGUUGGUAAGAGCGUGGCGCUAGGAACCAACGCAAAGGUCUUGGGUUCAAUUCCUGCAGGGAUCAUAAUACACAUACCAGAAAUGUAUGUCAAAUGUACUGAAAGUCACUACUAUAACCCACCUGAGUGGUGAUGCACCCUCCGAUAAAAGAACAAGACAGACUUGUCUAGUGCCUGCCUUACUACACUGCUCCCAAACCUUUUAUUUCCACCCUUCCCACCCUGACCCUAUAUUCAAAUCCUAUUCACCCAAAGUUGCCCCCCCCCCCCCCCCCCCCCCGAUAUGACUCUCCCCGUGACACACACUCACCACCUCCUACAUCGCUCUGCAGAAGAGGGAGGGGGGGGUGCAUCACCACUCUCAGCUCUCGCCCCCGCCCGUAACAAUAGUCCCAGCCGUCGCCACGGCAACCCCUGGCUGCUGGUGUUCUAGGCCGGUCUCAGCUGGCAGGCAACACAGGGACACACAAUCAGGACUGCACCGCCCCCACAGUGCUCCACAAAGGAUGGAAUUAUUCCACUGCUCCACCUCUGCCUGCCACAACUUCUAUCUGUACCGCAUAAAACGCCAUAAAAGCAAGUGAGACAGACAAAUGCAAUAAUAGUAGGGAUGGGUAUGAGUUAGAGUACAAAGCUCGAUCUUUAACCAGAGAUUAAAAAAAAAAAAAGUAUAUAUAUAUAUACAUACUGUAAAACUAUUUGGUGGAAUGUGCUUUGUAGCUGCUUGUACGGGCAAGUGAAAUCUUGUCCCGAAUUUGUUUUUAAUGUUGUCUUGAAGACGACGUUAAUUUGCUUUGACUCUAGUGUUCCAUUUAUACAUGUGAAUUUGCGGGACACAACAAAAAAGAAACCAAGCCAAGCAUCACACAGUUCUGCUCCCAAAAUUUCCUUUCCCCUCCGUGUCUCAUUCACUCUAUUGUGUUCCGACCGCUCCCUACACAUACGCGUGCAGAGUGCACACACAAGCUCCCAUUUGGCGUACAUAAGUAAAUGCCUAUAAAAACCUAUCUAACUGAUGGGAUACAAAAGCUACAUUUAUUACCAAAUGACGACAGUUUUAUCACAAAUUCAAAAUGGACUGGUUGAAGUAGGAUAAUGUGUUCCAACAGUUGCUGCAGGUUUGGAACAAAUGCGUCCUGUCUAUUUUCCACUUGGGCUACUUUGUGAAUUGCUUGUGCCAUUUAGAAUUGGUUAGCCUCCUCAAACUCAACUCUGGAUCUCGAAACCAGUUCCACUGCGUUUUUUCAUUGUUCCCCUCUAAUCAGGGACUGAUUUUAGACAUGGGACACCAGGUGGGUGCAAUAAAUUAUCAGGUAGAACAGAAAACCAGCAGGCUCCGAACCUCGUAGGGUAAGAGUUGAGUACCCCUGGCCUAGGCUAUAACUCCCCUAAACAUAGACAGGUUCCACACUGAAAAUACGCAAAAACAUUAGUUUGAUAAAGACAGAGCGUAUUUUCAUCAGAAUCAUUAAGCCUAGGCCUUCUCACCAAACAGAUGUUGUGGCCGUAAUUCAUCACCAUGCAGUGUUUCAUAUGGAAUUGUUCAUCCAUUUAGACAUUUACAAAGAACAGGCAGAGUAAACUCAAUUGAACAUCUGUAUAUUGAAAAGAAGACAUUUUGUUUUGUAACUCUGAAAAAAAGAGUCUUUCAACUCGCCAAAUAGAUCCCUGUUUCAAAUAUUCACUAUUUCAACUUUUUUAAUUUGGAAAAAUGUUAUUCUGUUAUAUUACAUGUUUUUUUUACUAUAAAAUAGGUGUCUUGACUGUGGUAAGGGCUCUGGAAAUAAGAGCGUCUUGUCUGCUAAAUUAACAAAGCAAGGCUAUGCCAUUACACAGCCAUACUGCCUUUUUAGAGAUUGUGUUCCAUGAUAUAAUAUAACCAGUUGAUAUUACGGUUUCAAAAAAUUAAUCUUAAAUGGCACUUGCUUUUUUAAUUGACUGAAUAUACACUACAUGACCAAAAGUAUUUUGGACACCUGCUCGUCAAACAUCUCAUUUCAAAAUUAUGGGCAUUAAUAUGGAGUUGGUCCCCCCCUUUGCUGCUAUAACAGCCUCCACUCUUCUGGGAAGGCUUUCCACAAGAUGUUGGAACAUUGCUGCGGGUACUUGCUUCCAUUCAGCCACAAGAGCAUUAGUGAGGUCGGGCACUGUUGUUGGGCGAUUAGGCCUGGCUCGCAGUCGACAUUCCAAUUCAUCCCAAAGGUGUUCGAUGGGGUUGAGGUCAGGGCUCUGCAGGCCAGUCAAGUUCUUCCACACCAUUUCUGUAUGGAAAGAGCCUUCCCCAAACUGUUGCCUCAAAGUUGGAAGCACAGAAUAAUCUAGAAUGUCAGUGUAUGCUGUAGUGUUAAGAUUUCCCUUCACUGGAACUAAGGGGCCUAGCCCGAACCAUGAAAAACAGCCCCAGACCAUUAUUCCUCCUCCACCAAACUUUACAGUUGGCACUAUGCAUUGGGGCAGGAAACUUUCUCCUGGCAUCCGCCAAACCCAGAUUCGUCUGUCGGACUGCCAGAUGGUGAAGCGUGAUUCAUCACUCCAGAGAACGCGUUUCCACUGCUCAAGAGUCCAAUGAGGGCGAGCUUUACACCACUCCAGCCGACGCUUGGCACUGCGCAUGGUGAUCUUAGGCUUGAUUGCGGCUGCUCGGCCAUGGAAACCCAUUUCAUGAAGCUCCCGACGAACAGUUCUGGUGCUGACGUUGCUUCCAGAGGCAGUUUGGAACUCGGUAGUGAGUGUAGCAGCCGAGGACAGAUUUGUUCUGUGAGCUUGUGUGGCCUACCACUUCGCGGCUGAGCCGUUUUUGCACCUAGACGUUUCCACUUCACAAUAACAGCACUGACAGUUGACCGGGCAGCUCUAGCAGGGCAGACAUUUUACGAAGUGUCUUGUUGGAAAGGUGGCAUCCUAUGACUGUGCCACGUUGAAAGUCACUGAGCUCUUCAGUAAGGCAUUUCUACUGCCAUUGUUUGUCUAUGGAGAUUGCAUGGCUGUGUGCUCCAUUUUAUACACCUGUCAGCAACGGGUGUGGCUGAAAUAGCCGAAUCCACUAAUUUGAAGGGGUGUCCACAUACUUUGUGUGUGUGUAUAUGUAUAUAUACAGGUAAAAGUCAGUAAAUUAGAAUAUUUUGAAAAACUUGAUUUAUUUCAGUAAUUGCAUUCAAAAGGUGUAACUUGUACAUUAUUUUUCAUUGCACACAGACUGAUGCAUUCAAAUGUUUAUUUCAUUUAAUUUUGAUGAUUUGAAGUGGCAACAAAUGAAAAUCCAAAAUUCCGUGUGUCACAAAAUUAGAAUAUUACUUAAGGCUAAUACAAAAAAGGGAUUUUUUAGAAAUGUUGGCCAACUGAAAAGUAUGAAAAUGAAAAAUAUGAGCAUAUACAAUACUCAAUACUUGGUUGGAGCUCCUUUUGCCUCAAUUACUGCAUUAAUGCGGCGUGGCAUGGAGUCGAUGAGUUUCUGGCACUGCUCAGGUGUUAUGAGAGCCCAGGUUGCUCUGAUAGUGGCCUUCAACUCUUCUGCGUUGUUGGGUCUGGCAUUCUGCAUCUUCCUUUUCACAAUACCCCACAGAUUUUCUAUGGGGCUAAGGUCAGGGGAGUUGGCUGGCCAAUUUAGAACAGAAAUACCAUGGUCCGUAAACCAGGCACGGGUAGAUUUUGCGCUGUGUGCAGGCGCCAAGUCCUGUUGGAACCUGAAAUCUCCAUCUCCAUAGAGCAGGUCAGCAGCAGGAAGCAUGAAGUGCUCUAAAACUUGCUGGUAGACGGCUGCGUUGACCCUUGAUCUCAGGAAACAGAGUGGACCGACACCAGCAGAUGACAUGGCACCCCAAACCAUCACUGAUGGUGGAAACUUUACACUAGACUUCAGGCAACGUGGAUCCUGUGCCUCUCCUGUCUUCCUCCAGACUCUGGGACCUCGAUUUCCAAAGGAAAUGCAAAAUUUGCUUUCGUCAGAAAACAUGACUUUAGACCACUCAGCAGCAGUCCAGCUCUUUUUUUCCUUAGCCCAGGUGAGACGCUUUUCGCGCUGUUUCUUGGUCAACAGUGGCUUGACACGAGGUAUGCGGCAGUUGAAACCCAUGUCUUUCAAGCGUCUCUUGGUGGUGGAUCUUGAAGCCCUGACUCCAGCAGCUGUCCACUCCUUGUGAAUCUCCCCCACAUUUUUGAAUGGGUUUUUUUCACAAUCUUGACUAGGGCGCGGUGAUCCCUAUCGCUUGUACACUUUUUCUGACCACAGUUUUUCCUUCCCUUUGCCUCUCUAUUAAUGUGUUUGGACACAGAGCUCUGAGAACAGCCAGCCUCUUCUGCAAUAACCUUUUGUGUCUUUCCCUCCUUGUGCAAUGUGUCGAUGGUCGCCUUUUGGACAGCUGUCAAAUCUGAAGUCUUCCCCAUGUUUGUGUAGGCUUCAGAACUGGACUGAGAGACCAUUUAAAGCCCUUUGCAGGUGUUUUGAGUUAAUCAGCUGAUUAUUUUGUGGCACCAGGUGUCUUCAAAAUGUAUAUAUAUAUAUAUAUAUAUAUAUAUAUAUAUAUAUAUAUAUAUAUAUAAAUAUAAAUAAUUAAUUAGGAUUUGUUGUAAUGGUUAUGAUAAAUUAGGCAUUGUCGUGCACUGUUGGCAUAAGCCUAUAGAUACAGUGGGGAAAAAAAGUAUUUAGUCAGCCACCAAUUGUGCAAGUUCUCCCACUUAAAAAGAUGAGAGGCCUGUAAUUUUCAUCAUAGAUACACGUCAACUAUGACAGACAAAAUGAGAAUUUUUUUUCCAGAAAAUCACAUUGUAGGAUUUUUUAUGAAUUUAUUUGCAAAUUAUGGUGGAAAAUAAGUAUUUGGUCAAUAACAAAAGUUUCUCAAUACUUUGUUAUAUACCCUUUGUUGGCAAUGACACAGGUCAAACGUUUUCUGUAAGUCUUCACAAGGUUUUCACACACUGUUGCUGGUAUUUUGGCCCAUUCCUCCAUGCAGAUCUCCUCUAGAGCAGUGAUGUUUUGGGGCUGUCGCUGGGCAACACGGACUUUCAACUCCCUCCAAAGAUUUUCUAUGGGGUUGAGAUCUGGAGACUGGCUAGGCCACUCCAGGACCUUGAAAUGCUUUUUACGAAGCCACUCCUUCGUUGCCCGGGCGGUGUGUUUGGGAUCAUUGUCAUGCUGAAAGACCCAGCCACGUUUCAUCUUCAAUGCCCUUGCUGAUGGAAGGAGGUUUUCACUCAAAAUCUCACGAUACAUGGCCCCAUUAAUUCUUUCCUUUACACGGAUCAGUCGUCCUGGUCCCUUUGCAGAAAAACAGCCCCAAAGCAUGAUGUUUCCACCCCCAUGCUUCACAGUAGGUAUGGUGUUCUUUGGAUGCAACUCAGCAUUCUUUGUCCUCCAAACACGACGAGUUGAGUUUUUACCAAAAAGUUCUAUUUUGGUUUCAUCUGACCAUAUGACAUUCUCCCAAUCCUCUUCUGGAUCAUCCAAAUGCACUCUAGCAAACUUCAGACGCGCCUGGACAUGUACUGGCUUAAGCAGGGUGACACGUCUGGCACUGCAGGAUUUGAGUCCCUGGCGGCGUAGUGUGUUACUGAUGGUAUGCUUUGUUACUUUGGUCCCAGCUCUCUGCAGGUCAUUCACUAGGUCCACCCGUGUGGUUCUGGGAUUUUUGCUCACCGUUCUUGUGAUCAUUUUGACCCCACGGGGUGAGAUCUUCGUGGAGCCCCAGAUCGAGGGAGAUUAUCAGUGGUCUUGUAUGUCUUCCAUUUCCUAAUAAUUGCUCCCACAGUUGAUUUCUUCAAACCAAGCUGCUUACCUAUUGCAGAUUCAGUCUUCCCAGCCUGAAGCAGGUCUACAAUUUUGUUUCUGGUGUCCUUUGACAGCUCUUUGGUCUUGGCCAUAGUGGAGUUUGGAGUGUGACUGUUUGAGGUUGUGGACAGGUGUCUUUUAUACUGAUAACAAGUUCAAACAGGUGCCAUUAAUACAGGUAACAAGUGGAGGACAGAGGAGCCUCUUAAAGAAGAAGUUACAGGUCUGUGAGAGCCAGAAAUCUUGCUUGUUUGUAGGUGACCAAAUACUUAUUUUCCACCAUAAUUUGCAAAUAAAUUCAUAGAAAAUCCUACAAUGUGAUUUUCUGGAUUUUUUUCCUCAAUUUGUCUGUCAUAGUUGACGUGUACCUAUGGUGAAAAUUACAGGCCUCUCUCAUCUUUUUAAGUGGGAGAACUUGCACAAUUGGUGGCUGACUAAAUACUUUUUUCCCCACUGUAAAUGUGCACAUAUUUAUUUCCAGUGUGGGCCUUGUGUUAAAAAAUUUAAACAUUUUAUUAGAGUACUCGAUUACAAAAAAAAAAGUGAGUACUCGAACAGUCAAAACAUGUCAAAUGCCCAUCCCUAAAUAAUAUAAGAACAUGCAGAGCUCAACUGUCAGUGCAGCAGUUCACCCUGUAGUCUGUCAUCAUAGCUGUAGCAUGUGUUGCCAUGUCAUUUAGAAUGAAUAUUUAUCUUUUUACUAGGAAAUCGCCAUUUAGUGUGUGUGAGAGGAGUUGUUUGUUUUCUGUUGUUAUCUCAAUUAGUGUCUCACCCACCCAGUAAUCACAUCUCCAACUAGCCCAAUCCAUCCACAGCUUCUCUUGAUUGUGAUAUAAUACGUCACUCACUGUUACUGUUAUGUUACUGUGCUCAUGUGGUUGUUGUUGUUGUUGUGACUGUAUUGUUGUGUUACUUCCAUGUGCUAACCAGUGAGAGUGGUUGUUCUUCUGUGUGCUUGGAGUGCCGUUCAUUCUGUGUUACUCUGUUACUGUAAUGUGUUAUUUGGGAUUUCAUAACGACGUGUCCCAAAACCUUUUGUCUUGUUUUGUUUCUUCUUUGUCCCUCCCUCCCUCCCUCCCUCCCCUCCCUCCCUCCUCUUGUCUGUCCCUCCCUCCCUCCCUCCCUCCUCUUGUCUGUCCCUCCCUCCUCCUCCUCCUCUUGUUCCCUCUCCCCUCCCUUACAGGCUGUGCCUUUAUCACAUUUUCUACCAGGGCUCAGGCCGCGAAUGCAAUCAAAACCAUGCAUCACUCUCAGACUAUGGAGGUACUGUACCCCUUAGCACCUAUUUCUCAUCCCUCCCCUGUCCCUCUAUGCAGUCUGCUGCACCCUUGUGGUUGAAGUGCGAAUUGAGAAUUGUAUCUCACAAGGAAAAAGAAGUUGGUUGAUUUAUAUAGGUUGUCCCAAAUCACACUUUAUUCCCUUUUAUAGUGCACUAAGUUUUAUAGUGCACUACUUUUGACCUUAUCUGGUCAAACAUAGUGCACUAUAAAAAGAAUGGGGUGUCAUUUGGGAAGCAGACAUAAUAUCACAGAACAUUAGUCAUAUACCAACCCAAAGCAUACUUGGACAAUAUUAUUAGGGUGUUGGAGGACAAAAUGAAACUGGUUCUGGUGUUAUACUUUGUAUUUUAUAGAGAAGCAUCUCAGGAGCACAGAACACUUUAUUUCAUGAGGAUUGCAAUGCAAAUGAGGCACUUUAAAAUAGGCUGGUCCUAUUAUUAACAAAUCUUCGUGCUUAGUGCCAAACUGGGAGUUUGUAACAAUUUGAAACAAUUUAUGAAAUUAGAAUAAAACGUAUACUACUUUAAGCAAAUGUUUAUACUUAUAUGCUAAUUAGUCUGUAUGGAAUUUUAACAAAUACAGCAUGUUAAGCCCAUUCAUUUAAAGCAGUGGUCACCAACCGGGUCGAUCUCCAAGGCACUGCUAGUCGAUCAACAAACAUUUCUGUAAAACAAAAAAAACUAUAGAGCCAUGCGUUCCUAUUUCUUUUCAAAUUAAUUUCGCGCUGUUGGCGGUAGGUGCACUUGAUUCAGCAGCCCUAGCGCCGGGAAGCUAAAGUGUUCCCAUUUUGAACCAUUUCAUGUGUCUGAAAGUAGAACUCAGCCUACCCGGCAGGCCCACAGAGCAAAUCAAGUGCACUUGUAGGCCUACCGCUGGCCAAUCAGAUAGAUCAGCUCACCGUGUCUGCACAGUUUGCAGCAGUUUCCUCGAGCCAUAGGCCAUAAAAAGAAGCCUUGAGCGCACAGCAAAGUUGAUAACGUGAUCUUUCAAAACUUUUAAAACCAUGACUAGAGAGAGACUCAAUGAAUACAGCAAAGAGUUGCUGUUUUUAUUAGUAAGUUCAUGUUUAAGUUGUUAUUCAGCACUGUCAACACUUUGUUCAACAGUUUGAAACAGUAAAAUGCGCGUUCUCCCUACUUUCACUCACGCUACAACCUGUACUGCAGCAGUAAUGAAUGAGCAUAGCAAAGUAUUCCGAUAAGCUUCCGUUGUUAUUAUUAGCGGUUUGUGUCUUUUUUUAUAUCAAGGAAUAUUUCACUUUCUCUGGUCAUAGGAGUAACAACAUGAAUUGAUGCAUGAGGCAGAAAUAAUGCAGUGCGUCUUAAGUUUCGCCAUCAGCUGGAAGACUGUCCCCCCUUUUCUCAGCGGAGGGAAGAAGAGAGGAGGGGAUGGUGAGUCGGGUGAGAGGCAGCCUCACCGCUGCUCCCUCCCUCCCCGCAGACUGACCAUCAGAUGCAGGCCAUCAGUCCAGUAAAAUAAAAUAAAGCAAAUUAUUAUGCUCACUCAGCUGUGCCUCACAAGUAAUACAAAAAAAUAUAUAUUACCAGUGUGAUCAUAUAUCCAACAUUUUUAAAUAUAAUUUCUAAAUGGUCUGAGAAGAACAACAUUGGCAGGGCAAUUAAAGCAAAGCCAAUAUGCAGUGAUAAUGUAUUGGGCCUAUAGCCUACUGCACAAACCUCAUUGCUACAGUACGGUCUUUAAUUGGUUAAUGUUGCAUUGGCUUAUGUUUUUUAAGUCAUGUUUAAAAAUAUAUAGAUAUUUCCUUGCAUUUUGACUCAGAAAAGGUUGGUGACCACUGAUUUAAAGUAUUUGGUCAUAUUGUUAACAUAUAUUAUGCAGAACUGGGAGUUUACACUGAGGAGUAAGGUGCAGCCCAUGCGCACGCACACACACACACACACACACACACACACACACACACACACACCAGAGGUGGUAACAGAGUACUAUAAUUGGGAUUACAUAAUCAUGAACAAAAAUCAGGGUUUAUAUUCACCAAUUAGUAAUUGUUUGGCUGUAUAUACCACGGUUGUAUUCAGUAGCCCAACUGAUUAGGCCUAGAGUGCCAAAUAAUACACCCAACCCUGUGCUUGUGCCACCUGCAUACACACACACACAUCACACAGCCUAACAAAGACACACACGUAUUACCAAGUCUGAACUGUAACACAGAAGGCUAAUAACAUAGCUUACUUCUAAGGUAGGCCUACACCUCAGUUGGGUUACAUUGUAAUGUUAUUUUUGGUGUACGUUAAUUUGGUGAUAGGAGGAUAAACUGCACAGUUUCCAGCAAAUAAUUAGCCUAGGCUCAGAGACUGAGUGAGCUGCCUGCUAGCCAGCCAGCUGCACAGCAAGAUAGAUGGGACACAUUUUCAAUUAACUGGUAUUUAGCUAUGUUUUUAUAGAUUGUAGGGCUGUACCCACUGAAUUUAUCUAGUUUUUACUUUAACCUCUGAAGGAUCUGACCCGUUUUUUCAAUUUGCGCCUAAAAUGACAUACCCAAAUCUAACUGCCUGUAGCUCAGGACCUGAAGCAAGGAUAUGCAUAUUCUUGAUACCAUUUGAAAGGAAACACUUUGAAGUUUGUGGAAAUGUGAAAUUAAUGUAGGAGAAUAUAACACAUUCGAUCUGGUAAAAGAUAAUACAGACAAAAAAACAUGCGUUUUCAAUUUAUUUUUUGGUUCCAUCUUUGAAAUGCAAGAGAAAGGCCACAAUAAAAUAUUGCAGUUUAGGCGCAAUUUAGAUUUGGGCCACUAGAUGGCAGCGGUGUGUGUGCAAAGUUUCAGAUUGAUCCAGUGAAGCGUUGCAAUACUGGACUAUUUUGUAUCAAGUUUGCCCAAAUGUGCCGAAUUGGUCAAUUGAUACAUUUUCAAGUACAUAACUAUAGAGAACAUACAAAAAUAAUUUGGUAAUACAAAAUGUAAGUUUACACACUCCCAGGAAUGUCAUACAUGAUGGAGCUUAUACACUAACUUUCACACAUCUAGAUGGCCGGGUGGGGUGGGUGUGGAGGCAGUGACAGCAGGGGUUCAAACUGUAGAACCCAGUUCCUACAUUUGAAUAUAAAUGGAUUUUAUCAAACAAAACUAUGCUACAUUUAAUCUCUGGGAGCCUUAGGAUGACAAAUCAGAGCAAGAUUACUGAAUGUAAGUACAUUAUUUACCUUCAUAGGUGAAUGUAUCAAACCAGUUGCCGUGAUACGUUUUUUGUUGUUGUGCACUCUCCUCAAACAAUAGCGUGGUGUUUUUUCACUGUAAUAGCUACUGUAAAUUGGACAGUGCAGUUAAAUUAACAAGAAUUUAAGCGUUCUGCCCAUAUAAGACAUGUCUAUGUCCUGGAAGGUUUGCUGUUACUUACAACAGUCAUGCUACAUGCUAAUCACAUUAGCGCACGUUAGCUCAACCGUCCCGUAUACGGGACACCGAUCCCGUAGAGGUUAAAGAAUGUAACCAUCAAUCACAAAAAUCACAGUUGGCACAAUACAACCAAUGUGGCGCAGCGCUGGCUCUUGCCCGGCUCGUUGCCUCAGCAAAUGGUGUCAGCACUCCCACAGAGCUAGCAAGCUAGCACUCGUCAUGGAAAUGGGGGCGGCGAAUGGUGAAUCUGGACCAAUCCCUGACAACCCAUACAUCAAAAUGUAGCUACGAAGCUGUACUUUGUAACCUGCUAUGUAUUUUUUUGUGUCUUUUAGCUAGGUUUCCAUCCAAUUGGUGACAGAUUCAUGCAAAUAUUCUAAAAUCUGCAUAAAAACAAUAUGAGCAUUUCCACACCUGAGAUGUGUUUUCAUCAAAUGUACUUUUUGCGUAUAAAAGGCAGUGCAUGAUGACGUAGUGCACAUAAAAAUACAUUUUGCGCUUAAAUUCCCAUGUACAAGAAACUAAACAAAAAUUACAUGGGUUUCAAGCACAUUUUCAACAAUAAAAUGUGCGUUAUAUAGCAGAGUGUGCCCACUCUGGUAUUGGCAUGUGCGCUCAAGCCAACAGCUUGCAGAUACAGUGCGGGUAUAGCCUACAUGAUGAGAUUAUUAUUAUUAUUAUUAUUAUUAUUAUUAUUAUUAUUAUGGCCAAAAGAGCGAGAUUAUUUGUAUUUGUUAAACGACAGCCAAGCAUCGAUCAUCAUGUCACCAGUAUAAGACCCUCGAUAUUUAUUGGAAAGGAACAUCAAGCUCAUCACAUUGCACUUUCACCACCCUGUGAAGUUUAUCAUUUAUUUAAUCUGUAGCCUAAUACUGCAGGGUUUUCCCGACGAGUCGUAGAGGGACCACGCAACAUGUCACCGCGUAAAAGCGUUUGCACUGACAUUUCCCGGACAAGAUCCCACCUUGUCUAGCGUGUUUUGUGAGGAAUACCGUGUUUUGUGAGGAAUACCAUUUGCAAAGAUAAAAUAUGAACACACCGAUUUUGCGGGUUUCAGAAAAAGGGCAGUCCCACAGCAUUGAACGUUCUAAAUAUGGCACUUGCAUUACAUUUGGGCUCAUGGUGUAAAGGUAAUGUACAGUAUUUUGAUUUUUAGACAUGGUUAACAACUUACACAAACAUUUUUUUCAAAUUAUUUAUGUAUUAUUUUGACAACUACAUUAUUGACAUUUAGUUUAAAUUGAUUUGAUUACUGAUGUUUUUUUGUUUUUAAUUCUCACAUAGCGUCCAUUGUUUGUCGCGUUGAAAUAUAUUUUCAAUAACCAAACAUUUUGUAUUUUCAGCUGUUUUGAAGCUGAUGUACAAAACCGAAAGUAAAAUACUCAUAAAUGUAAGAAUAUGAAGCAUAGAAAUAGCACACAUAGUACAGAUAUACCGCUUCUUAGACUUGCUUUCAAUGAUUGACAGAUCUAUAACAUAAUUUCUAUGUGAAUUUGGUCGGGUCGCCCAAAGAGUUAGAUAUUGCAGCUUUAAGAGGGCACACACAGAGAGAAACAUCUUUUUGAAUCUAUAUUUUAGCUGAAGACUAAUGAAUCAAUAAUAUCCCACUAAUUUAUUUAUUUACUCCAUUUUAUUUAUUUAUGUGAAGUGUUGGUUGCAAAGUGGCAACGCGCCCGGCAAUGUUAAACCUCGCAUUACAAAGUAUUUACCCAUGUUUAGCCUACAUAGUAAAGCAUAGAGACUUUACUAUAUUCAAUAUACAUUAACUGAAAUAUAGUCCUAUAUCAGAGCAACUGUAAAACCACUUGCAUUACAAAGUAUUUAUUUACCAAGGUUUAACCUGCAUAGUAAAGCAUUACUCCACUCAUUAUAUUAAAUAGACCUUAACUAAACUGAGAUAAAGGCUACAGUAUUAGAGCAACUGUCUUAGUGGGUCCUUUCAAAACAUUGUAGAUCAGGCAGCCUAGAUUCUCCAACUAUCAUUUAGGCAUUAACUGAGAUGUACUGUGGGCAUGUGUGGACUGUAUUAGAGUAACUGCCCCACUAAGUCCCUUCAGAACUGGGCUGGUAUUCCCGUAGAAUCAGUUCAAUGCUCAGGAACUGGAGCAAGAGUAAUGUGACAGCUAACAGGUCAUAGGCUCCCGAGUGAAGCAGCCAACCGAUCCCUAAUUAGGAACAACAGAAUAGAACUAGCUCAGCUCUGGGCCUCGGAGAUUAGAUCUAUGUCCCAGUAGUGAUGGCACCAUUUUAUUGGAGACAUUUCCAGAAAUCCCUGUUGAUGUAUUCCUUUUCUGCUUCUCCUGAAUCCAGGAAUCCUCCGUCUGGCUCUCUCUGAUUCACAACACUGAUACCGCAUGUCUAUGUCUGGUCUGUCCAGUGAUGUGUCAAUCUCUGGCUUGUCUGUUUGUUACAGCGGAAUACAGUGCUAUCCUAUGUAUGCAUUUAGUUGUAGCUAAAUGUCUUAUCUCGUUAUGUCUUGACUUGGCAUACACGUCCUUCCUUGUUUGACUGUCUCUGUUUAUAUGUUUGUCUCUGUUAUGUCCCUCCAUCUCUGUUUGUGUGUGUGUGUGGUGUCGACUCUCCUCAGCCUCAGUCCCCUCCCCAAUCCUCCUUUUGAGCCAAACCCUCCAGUGUUAUAAAGUGUAACUGGCUGUGUUUUGUUUGUCUGUCUGAACAUUAUCCCUUCCUGGUUCUGCCUGUGGGAUGUAGCCUGGCUUAGUCGUGCAUGGCAGUGUUCUAUUGUUUAUUUAAAGAAAUACAUUUCUCAGAUUAACACAGGGCAUAGUUCACCCUUUACAAUGGGUAUUCCAGAGAAAUGGCCUGGCCCUGCAGAUUUGACUCUGUUGUGAUAGUGUCUCUGUAUGUCAUAGUGUGUGUGAACCUGACUGGGUGAAAUCUAACUCUCGUUCCUCCCCCUCCCCCACUACAGGGCUGCUCCUCUCCCAUGGUGUGUAAGUUUGCGGACACUCAGAGGGACAAGGAGCAGCGGCGCCUGCAGCAGCAGAUGGCCCAACAGAUGCAGCAGCUCAACAGCGCCUCCACCUGGGGAAACCUGGCAGGGCUGGGAGGCCUCACACCACAGUACCUGGCAGUAGGUUGAAACCAUUGACAUACAUAUUUGUAAAUAUAGGCUACAUGCAGGUUUAUCAUUGUUGGGAAAGCAUGACAUUAUGAGAAGUCAUACUCUUUCUCAAUUAGUUUUUCCUUGGGUCACCUCGCCUCUUUCUCUCCAUUGGAGGAGAAGAUCCUCGCCUUUUUCUCAUACCGCAUUUAAGGAGACGAUCCAAGGUCCCUACCCGCGGACCUUCUCCUCCAAUGAGUUUUGAAAAAGAAGGCGAGGAGAGAGGAUGCAGGGAAUCAAGGAAAGACAAAAAAUAAUUAGGAAAGAGCACAAGUCUAUCCUUUACUCUGUUCUAGAACUGUCUUUCUCUCUUUGUUUUACAGUUGCUCCAACAGGCGACAUCUACCGGUAACCAGAGUAAUUUUGGUGGCAUGCAGAGGCUAGGAGGUGAGUCACUCAUUUUUUCAUUUUCCUGUUCCCAUCCUCGACAACUCAAACCCACUCUGAUAAACAUACAACUGUUCAUGUAAACAACCUUCUGACUCAGUGCUUCACUCCCACAUAGUUUCACAACCACUCAAAUCACAUUACCGUUGAAUGAGAUCAUCGGAACACUAAUCAGAGUAGCUAUUCUAGGAGACACAAGUCUGCUGGGGACAAACCUAUAGGGGUAAAAAUAAAAAAAACGGGUCAGUGUGCUAGGGUCACCUCUUUUCCUGUAAUAUGUCAAUGCUAUGAAGUCUGCUUGUUUUUGCCAUUUCUUUCUGAAUGCGGAUGAUUCCACUCUUCUGGUCUCCCAUAAGGACAGCUAAUGCAGCUCCAUUUCCCCCUCUUGGUUGCAAAUAAGAAUCUGUUCUUAAUUGAUAUACCUGAAUAAAUAAAGUUGAAAUAAAACAGUAUCUCCCUCUCGCUCCCCUCUUCCAGGUGUGAACCAGCUGCAGCUGCAGAACCUGGCCACGUUAGCGGCUGCCGCCUCUGCAGCCCAGAACUCAGGCGGCGGCUCCAACGCCCUGUCAGCCAACGGAGCUCUAGGUAAUCUCUAUAACUCAGGUAACUAUAGCCCAGUUUCUCUCUCUAUAGUCCAGGUAAUCUAGCAGUCUGAGGCCAAUGUUAGUUUCUCCCUUACUUUUCUGCGCUGUAAAAAAUGUACUGCUCACAAAGAAAUCUACGGCGCUUAAUCUUACGACAAAGAUUAAACCUAGUCCUGGACUAAUAACAAUUUGAUAGAGAUUCUCCAUUGAACUUGCUUUUUAGUCCAGGACUAAGAUGAAUCUAUGUCCCAAAAAAACACCUCUACGAGUGCACCUACUUCUUAUUCCGUUGCUUGGCCUGCUCUAUCUACUCCAUUAUACCUCAUCGUUGCUAGGCUUAAACGACACCUAAUAGUAACCUCUGACCCCUCUCCUCCCCAGCAGCAGGCCAGACGGCAAGCUCCAGUGCGAGUGCAGCCAUGAACACUCUGGCCUCUCUGGGCCUGACCCAGGGCCUCGGCGGGGGCCUGACGGGGGCCUCCAUGGGUCUCAACAACCUCAACGCCCUCACUGGGGGUGUCAGCGGUGAGUACUCCAACCGUGAGUACCGCACUAAAAACAAUGACUUUACUACCUUUUCUUCAACCUUUUUUUGUUUCCGUCUUUGAAAUCAUACCUUAAUUCUGUUGAUGAAGCUGCUGUGUUCUCCUUUUACCUGUGUGCUGUUGAUGGGCUGGUUUUACGAACAAAUUGCCUGGUCCUGGACUAAAAAGCAUGCUUAGGAGAAUCUCCAUUGAAAUAGCUUUUUAGUUUAGGACUAGACUAGUGUCAUUUUAAUCUCAAAUGUAUGACUACACGUAUGGUAGAGAGAACGUUAGGUGUCAAGGCCUUUCUUCUGGCUGUUGUAUCCACUUGAGUGGAUGUAAUCUGUAUUUUUGAAUUGUCCAAAUAAAUUCUAUAUUUCUGUCUACUGUGUUAGGUAUGGCGGCUAUGAACGGAGGACUGGGGGCCUCUAUGGCAAACGGCUCGGGGGCGAGCUCCAUGGAUGCCCUGACUCAAGCCUACUCAGGGAUGCAGCAGUACACGGCCUCUGCUCUGCCUUCCCUCUACAGCCAGUCCCUACUGCAGGGAGCAGCCGGCGGGAGCCAGAAGGAGGGUGAGUCUCAGUCCACACACCAAUUAGGCUACAAAUGUUGUCUUGUGUUAACUUACAUUGAUUGUGAUAUAUAAUUUAGUUGCCUUACCUAGCUACCUUAAGUAGAAUACACUACUGUAAGUCUGCUAAAUGACCAAAAUGUAAUGUAAAUAUAAAUGUUUUGGCCAUGUGUGUCUCAACUAGUCUCUUGUAAGCCAAUAUGGGCUUUGCAACUAAAAGAUGUGUGACAUUGAAAGAAAAUGUUCGAUUAACCAUAGGGCACAGUGUCACAUGUUUACUUAGUACCACAACAGUAUCUGUCUCUUUGUCAAAAAACACAUCUAAAACUCCGUCCUCUCCUCUCCUUCAUUGCUCCUUCAGCCGGGAGCCAGAGGGAGGGUGAGUCUUAGUCCACACACUAACCACAACCACAACGUGGGGUCAGGUAGUAUUGGUUUUCUUUCAAAUACUUUGAGCAUUUGCUUGAGCCUGCCGCGAGUGGGAAUAAGGUGAGUUGCCCCGGCCUGGACGAUGAUCUUGGGUCAGUUUUGCAGUGGUUAGGAUUGGGGGAGGGGAGAAGCUGAUUCUAGAUCUGCACCUAAGGGGAACUUCACUCCAGGGCCCUCAAGUGCCAGAUGGGUGGGCUUUGGCGCUCUUGGGAUUAUUCCAUUGGUUCCAGGCAAGCUCAAUCAAGCACAGAUUGAGUAUUGGAAAGAUUUCAAAUACUAUUUUGAACCCAGGUCAGUCUGAUGGCCACAGCUGUGCUUCAUGCCACGUGAUUCUGUUGUUUCUUGAUCUGUCUCCUCUCUCGCUCUCUUUCCUCUCCACCUCUCCUUUUCUCCACCUCUCUUCUCCUCUCCACCCCUCUCUCCUCCCCUGCCCUCUCCGGUCCUCUCCCCUCUCGCUCUCUCCUCUUUCUCUCCCCCAGGUCCUGAGGGAGCCAACCUGUUCAUUUACCACCUGCCCCAGGAGUUUGGAGACCAGGAUGUCCUUCAGAUGUUCAUGCCUUUCGGAAGUGUCGUCUCUGCCAAAGUCUUCAUCGACAAACAGACCAAUCUGAGCAAGUGCUUCGGUACGUAGUCUAGUCUGCUGCAUCCAAACAUGAUAAAUUACCGGCUCAAUGGCCACUGGGGUAGAAAGCAGGAUCAUUAACCAGCUACCUUUAGACAAACAGUCAGAUCUCUUGAUUUUCUUUAUUAAAUAUGGGUUGUUGGUUGUCAAGCCAAUUAUACCAUUCUGAUUUUAAGUCUAUAUUUCUGGAAAAGAUUAGGGUUAUUUCAGAAUAGUUUGGACCGUUAUCUAACUCAUUGAUCAUGCUAUCUGGAACAGCCCCUGGUUUGUCAUGGAAAUCUCUGAAGACUUGUUUUUUUGGCCUCAUUGGUUUGAGUUUGGUAUGUUACUAACCUUCCUCUAUUCUUCAGGGUUUGUCAGCUACGACAAUCCGGUGUCGGCGCAGGCCGCCAUCCAGGCCAUGAACGGCUUCCAGAUCGGCAUGAAGAGGCUCAAGGUGCAGCUGAAGCGCUCCAAGAACGACAGCAAACCCUACUGAUUUUACCAAGGGCAGGGGCCUUUUCCCCCAGGCUCUAUGUUAGCACUACUAGGGUAAGUCUAAGUCUACCCAACCAACUACCCAACCCACGACUAAAGCCAAGGCCAUCUGAUCACCACAGCAGAGACUUAAUUAAUAGGGUGACAGGUAGACUAGAGGUUAAAGCGUUGGGCCAGUAACCGAAAGGUCACUGGUUCGAAUACCCAAGCCGACAAGGUCACAAAUCUGACGACGUGCCCUUGAGCAAGGCACUUAACCCUAAUUAGCUCCAGGGGCUCCGUACUUCUAUUGUGGGUGUCAUACCGACUCUUGCCACGCUUAAAAUGGUUAUGAUCUUUACAUGUCUAUUAUUACUGCAUCCAUUCCUUUUGCAGUUUCAUCAUGUAAUUUUUAAGAGUGUGUUUUAAUUUAUAUUAUUAUUUAUAGCUAUCACUAGAGCCAGUGUUCGAAAAGGUAUUUUGUGUCAUGUGAUAUAAAAGAGGGAGCACCAGAGUUGAUUAUUUCCAUACCAUUUCAUUAUCUGUACUUACUAGGUUUAAAAUAGACGGGUUGACUAAGGAUCAGACACACACACGCCUCAUCCUGUCAGACUAUCAGAGCUCUUGGGCUUCCGUCUGUCGCAUUGAUCUCCGUCACCUCUUAAUAUGUGAAGCUCUCGCUUUUUUUCUCUGCUUCCAUUUUUCUCUCUCUCUCUCAUUCUUUUUGUCAGGCUGCUGGGGCAGCUCACUGUUGACUGUCACAACACACACUCUGCUCACUUCGUUUCAUAAUUCACUUCUUCCAAUCAUUCCAUCCAUCCACGUCUCUCCUAAAGGGACUGACUGGUUAAAGAUGGAUCACUUUGAAUGCCAAGUGUAUGCGCAUGUCUGACUCUCUAACAUGCAUCUAGUGAUGUCAUUUCCUAAUCUGGUGAUGUCAUUUCCUGUGUCCAACCUGUAUUGUUUUGUUUUUGGGGAAACCCAAUUGUCGUUAUGUUAUGUGGUGAUUGGCAUUGUUUAUCAUUGUUGUUGGUGCCUCAUGGUUGAAAGGUUAUUGUGCUGUGGCUAACUUCUUUCUCUCUCUCUUUCUCUCUCUCUCUCUCUCU